AUGCUAACUGUUUCUCGUCAGUGUGACGUCACCAGCUGGUGAGAAUUAUGUUUUAGUGUAAUGUGGUCUGCGGUGGGAAGGGGGAUGCUGGUUCCAGGCUGAAUCAUCUGUUGUUUAUUACAUGUGGGAACCAGCAUGACUCAUUUGAAUACAGUUACCUAAGCCACACUCACAGACAAAAACACUGACACACAAUGAUACAUUCAAUAUCUUUCCAAUACAGUGCAUUCGGAAAGUAUUCAGACCCCUUGACUUUUUCCACAUUUUGUUACAUUACAGACUUAUUCUAAAAUUGAUUAAAUCGUUUUUCCCCUCAAUCUACACACAAUACCCCAUAAUGUGGUCCUCUGUAGCUCAAUUGGUGGUAGAGCAUGGCGCUUGUAACGCCAGGGUAGUGGGUUCGAUCCCCGGGACCACCCAUACGUAAAAAUGUCUGCGCACAUGACAGUAAGUCGCUUUGGAUAAAAGCGUCUGCUAAAUAGCAUAUUAUUAUUAUUAUUAUUAUUAUUAUUAUUAUUAUUAUUAAUGACAAAGGAAAAACAGUUUUUUUUUGUGCAAAUGUAUAAAAAUAAAUAAAUGGAAAUAUUACAUUUACAUAAGUAUUCAGACCCUUUACUCAGUACUUUGUUGAAGCACCUUUGGCAGCAAUUACAGCUUCUAGUCUUCUUGGGUAUGACUAUACAAUUCUCUGCAGAUCCUCUCAAGCUCUGUCAGGUUGGAUGGGGAGCGUCGCUGCACAGCUAUUUUCAGGUCUCUCCUGAGAUGUUCGAUCGGGUUCAAGUCCGGGCUCUUGCUGGGCCACUCAAGGACAUUCAGAGACUUACAUUUACAUUUUAGUAAUUUAGCAGACGCUCUUAUCCAGAGCGACUUACAGUUAGUGAGUGCAUACAUUUUCAUACAGACUUGUCCCGAAGCAACUUGUCUUGGCUGUGUGCUUAGGGUCGUUGUCCUGUUGGAAGGUGAACCUUUGCCCCAGUCUGAGGUCCUGAGCGCUCUGGAGCAGGUUUUCAUCAAGGAUCUCUCUGUACUUUGCUCCGUUCAUCUUUCCCUCAAACCCUGGCUAGUCUUCCAGUCCCUGCCGCUAAAAAACAUCCCCACAGCAUGAUGCUGCCACCACCAUGCUUCACCGUAAAGAUGGUGCUAUGUUUCAUCUAGACGUGACGCUUGGCAUUCAGGCCAAAGAGUUCAAACUGGGUUUCAUCAGACCAGAGGAUCUUGUUUCUCGUGGUCUGAGAGUCCUUUAGGUGCCUUUUGGCAAACUCCAAGCGGGCCAUCAUGUGCCUUUUUACUGAGGAGCGGCAUCCGUCUAGCCACUCUACCAUAAAGGCCUGAUUGGUGGAGUGCUGCAGAGAUGGUUGUCCUUCUGGAAGGUUCUCCCAUCUCCACAGAGGAACUCUGGAGCUCUGUGAGAGUGACCAUCGGGUUCUUGGUCACCUCCCUGAACAAGGCCCUUCUCCCCCGAUUGCUCAGUUUGGCCAGGCGGCCAGCUCCAAACUUCUUCCAUUUAAGAAUGAUGGAGGCCACAGUGUUCUUGGGGACCUUCAAUGCUGCAGAAAUGUUUUGGUACCCUUCCCCAGAUCUGUACCUCGACACAAUCCUGUUUCGGAGCUCUAAGGACAAUUCCUUGGACCUCAUGGCUUGGUUGUUGCUCUGACAUGCACUGUCAACUGUGGGACCUUAUAUAUAGACAGGUGUGUGCCUUUCCAAAUCAUGUACAAUCAAUUGAAUUUACCACAGGUGGACUCCAGUCAAGUUGUAGAAACAUCUCAAGGAUGAUCAAUGGAAACAGGUCUCAUAGCAAAGGGUUAGAAUUUUUAUUUAUUUAUUUUAUUUCACCUUUAUUUAACCAGGUAGGCCAGUUGAGAACAAGUUCUCAUUUACAACUGUGACCUGGCCAAGAUAAAGCAAAGCAGUGCGAUAAAAACAACAACACAGAGUUACAUAUGGGUUAAAACAAAACAUAAAGUCAAAAAUACAACAGAAAAUAUAUAUACAGUGUGUGCAAAUGUAGCAAGUUAUGGGGGUAAAGCAAUAAAUAGGCCAUAGUGCAAAAUAAUUACAAUUAGUAUUAACACUGGAAUGAUAGAUGUGCAAGAGAUGAUGUGCAAAUAGAGAUACUGGGGUGCAAAUUAGCAAAAUAAAUAACAAUAUGGGGAUGAGGUAGUUGGGUGGGCUAAUUUCAAAUGGGCUGUGUAAUAAUAAAUAAUAAUAAUAUGCCAUUUAGCAGACGCUUUUAUCCAAAGGGACUUAGUCAUGCGUGCAUACAUUUUUGUGUAUGGGUGGUCCCGGGGAUCGAACCCACUACCUUGGCGUUACAAGCGCCGUGCUCUACCAGCUGAGCUACAGAGGACCACAGUGUACAGGUGCAGUGAUCGGUAAGCUGCUCUGACAACUGAUGCUUAAAGUUAGUGAGGGAGAGUCUCCAGCUUCAGAGAUUUUUGCAGUUCGUUCCAGUCAUUAGCAGCAGAGAACUGGAAGGAAUGGCGGCCAAAGGAGAUCUUGGCUUUGGGGAUGACCGGUGAGAAAUACCUGCUGGAGCGCAUACUACGGGUGGGUGUUGCUAUGGUGACCAAUGAGCUAAGAUAAGGCAGGGAUUUGCCUAGCAGUGAUUUAUAGAUGACCUGGAGCCAGUGGGUUUGGCGACGAAUAUGUAGUGAGGACCAGCCAACAAGAGCGUACAGGUCACAGUGGUGGGUAGUAUAUGGGGCUUUGGUGACAAAACGGAUGGCACUGUGAUAGACUACAUCCAAUUUACUGAGUAGAGUGUUGGAGGCUAUUUUGUAAAUGACAUCGCCGAAGUCAAGGAUUGGUAGGAUAAUCUGUUCCGGACGACUAUGUGAUCACGCUCUCCGUAGCCGAUGUGAGUAAGACUUUUAAGCAGGUCAACAUUCACAAGGCCGCAGGGCCAGACGGAUUACCAGGACGUGUACUCUGAGCAUGUGCUGACCAACUGGCAAGUGUCUUCACUGACAUUUUCAACAUGUCCCUGACUGAGUCUGUAAUACCAACAUGUUUCAAGCAGACCACCAUAGUCCCCGUGCCCAAGAACUCUAAGAUAACCUGCCUAAAUGACUACCGACCCGUAGCACUGACGUCUGUAGCCAUGAAGUGCUUUGAAAGACUGGUCAUGGCUCACAUCAACAGCAUAAUCCCAGAAACCCUAGACCCACUCCAAUUUGCAUACCGCCCCAACAGAUCCACAGAUGAUGCAAUCUCUAUCGCACUCCACACUGCCCUUUCCCACCUGGACAAGAGGAACACCUACGUGAGAAUGCUAUUCAUUGACUACAGCUCAGCAUUCAACACCAUAGUGCCCUCUAAGUUCAUCACUAAGCUAAGGAUCCUGGGACUAAACACCUCCCUCUGCAACUGGAUCCUGGACUUCCUGACGGGCCGCCCCCAGGUGGUAAGGGUAGGUAACAACACAUCUGCCACACUGAUCCUCAACACGGGGGGCCCCUCAGGGGUGCGUGCUCAGUCCCCUCCUGUACUCUCUGUUCACCCAUGACUGCAUGGCCAGGCACGGCUCCAACACCAUCAUUAAGUUUGCCGACGACACAACAGUGGUAGGCCUGAUCACCGACAACGAUGAGACAGCCUAUAGGGAGGAGGUCAGAGAUCUGGCCGUGUGGUGCCAGGACAACAACCUCUCCCUCAACGUGACCAAGACAAAGGAGAUGAUUGUGGACUACAGGAAAAAAAAGAGGACUGAGCACGCCCCCAUUCUCAUCGACGGGGCUGUAGUGGAACAGGUUGAGAGCUUCAAGUUCCUUGGUGUCCACAUCACCAACGAACUAUCAUGGUCCAAACACACCAAGACAGUCGUGAAGAGGGCACGACAAAGCCUAUUCCCCCUCAGGAGACUAAAAAGAUUUGGCAUGGGUCCUCAGAUCCUCAAAAAAUUCUACAGCUGCACCAUCGAGAGCAUCCUGACUGGUUGCAUCACCGCCUGGUAUGGCAACUGCUUGGCCUCUGACCGCAAGGCACUACAGAGGGUAGUGCGUACGGCCCAGUACAUCACUGGGGCCAAGCUUCCUGCCAUCCAGGACCUCUAUACCAGGCGGUGUCAGAGGAAGGCCCUCAAAAUUGUCAAAGACUCCAGCCACCCUAGUCAUAGACUGUUCUCUCUGCUACCGCACGGCAAGCGGUACCGGAGUGCCAAGUCUAGGUCCAAAAGACUUCUCAACAGCUUCUUCCCCCAAGCCAUAAGACUCCUGAACAGCUAAUCAUGGCUACCCGGACUAUUUGCACUGCCCCCCCACCCCAUCCUUUUUACGCUGCUGCUACUCUGUUAAGUAUUUAUGCAUAGUCACUUUAACUCUACCCACAUGUACAUAUUACCUCAACUACCUCAACUAGCCGGUGCCCCCGCACAUUGACUCUGCAACGGUACCCCCCUGUAUAUAUAGCCUCCCUACUGUCACUUUAUUUUACUGUAUAUAUAGCCUCCCUACUGUCACUUUAUUUUACUUCUGCUCUUUUUUUCCUCAACACUUUUUUUGUUGUUGUUUUAUUCUUACUUUUUUUGUUUAAAAUAAAUGCACUGUUGGUUAAGGGCUGUAAGUAAGCAUUUCACUGUAAUGUCUGCACCUGUUGUAUUCGGCGCAUGUGACCAAUAAAAUUUGAUUUGAUUUGAUUUGAUAAUCAGUUUUACGAGGGCAUGUUUGGCAGCAUGAGUGAAGGAGGCUUUGUUUGCGAAAUAGGAAGCCGAUUCUAGAUUUAACUUUGGAUUGGAGAUGCUUAAUGUUUAUCUGGAAGGAGAGUUUACAGUCUAACCAGAUACCUAGGUAUUUGUAGUUGUCCACAUACUCUAGGUCAGACCUGUCGAGAGUAGUGAUUCUAGUCGGGUGGGCGGGUUCCAGCAGCGUUCGAUUGAAGAGCAUGCAUUUAGAUUUACUUGUGUUUAAGAGCAGUUGGAGGCUACGGAAGGAGUGUUGUAUGGCAUUGAAGCUCGUUUGGAGGUUUGUUAACACAGUGUCCAAUGAAGGGCCAGAUGUAUACAAAAUUGUGUCGUCUGCGUAGAGGUGGAUCUUAGAAUCACCAGCAGCAAGAGCGACAUCAUUGAUAUACACAGAGAAAAGAGUCGGCCCAAUAAUUUAACCCUGUGGCACCCCCAUAGAGACUGCCAUAGGUCCAGACAACAGGCCCUCCGAUUUGACACAUUGAACUCUAUCUGAGAAGUAGUUGGUGAACCAGGCAAGGCAGUCAUUUGAGAAACCAAGGCUAUUUAAUCUGCCAAUAAGAAUGCGGUGGUUGACAGAGUCGAAAGCCUUGGCCAGGUCGAUGAAGACGGCUGCACAGUACUGUCUAUUAUCGAUUGUGGUUAUAAUAUCGUUUAGGACCUUGAGCGUGGCUGAGGUGCGCCCAUGACCAGCUCGGAAACCGGAUUGCAUAGCGGAGAAGGUACUGUGGGAUUCAAAAUGGUCGGUGAUCUGUUUGAUAACUUGGCUUUCAAAACCUUCCGAAAGGCAGGGCAGGAUGGAUCUGUAACAGUUUGGAUCUAGAGUGUCACCCCCUUUGAAGAGGGGGAUGACCGCGGCAGCUUUCCAAUCUCUGGGGAUCUCAGACGUUACGAAAGAGAGGUUGAACAGGCUAGUAACAGGGGUUGCGACAAUUUUGGCGGCUAAUUUUAGAAAGAAAGGGUCCAGAUUGUCUAGCCCAGAUGAUUUGUAGGGGUCCAGAUUUUGCAGCUCUUUCAGAACAUCAGCUGUCUGAAUUUGUGUGAAGGAGAAGCGGGAGGGGUGCAGAGCUUGUGGCCGGGGUAGUGGUAGCCAGGUGGAAAGCAUGACCAGCCGUCGCAAAAUGCUUGUUGUAAUUCUCGAUUAUUGUAGAUUUAUCGGUGGUGAUAGUGUUUCCUAGCCUCAGUGCAGUGGGCAGCUGGGAGGAGGUGCUCUUAUUCUCCAUGGACUUUACAGUGUCCCAAAACUUUUUGGAGUUAGUGCUACAGGAUGCACAUUUCUGUUUGAAAAAGCUAGCCUUUGCUUUCCUAACUGCUUGUGUAUAUUGGUUCCUAACUUCCCUGAAAAGUUGCAUAUCGCGGGGGCUAUUCGAUGCUAAUGCAGUACGCCACAGGAUGUUUUUGUGCUGGUCAAGGGCAGUCAAGUCUGAGGAGAACCGGGGGCUAUAUCUGUUCUUAGUUCUGAAUUUUUUGAAUGGGGCAUGCUUAUUUAAGAUUGAGAGGAAAGCACUUUUAAAGAACAACCAGGCGUCCUCUACUGACGGAAUGAGAUCGAUAUCCAUCCAGAAUACCUGGGCCAGGUCAAUUAGGAAGGCCUGCUCGCUAAAGUGUUUUAGGGAGCGUUUGACAGUGAUGAGGGGUGGUCGUUUGACUGCGGACCCGUUACGGACGCAGGCAGUGAUCGCUGAGUUAGUCAGGAUGAUAUCUAUAAGGGUGCCCAUGUUUACGGAUUUAGGGUUGUACCUGGUAGGUUCCUUGAUAAUUUGUGUGAGAUUGAGGGCAUCUAGUUUGGAUUGGGUCAACAAGCAGUACGAACUCUGAGGAUAGAUGUGGAGCAAUCAAUUCACAUAUGGUGUCCAGGGCACAGCUGGGGUCUGAGGGGGGUCUGUAGCAAGCGGCAAUAGUGAGAGACUUAUUUCUGGAAAGGUGGAUUUUUAGAAGUAGAAGCUGAAACUGUUUGGGCACAGACCUGGAUAGUAUGAUAGAGCUCUGCAGGCUAUUUCUACAGUAGAUUGCAACUCCACCCCCUUUGGCAGUUCUAUCUAGACGGAAAAUGUUGUAGUUGGGGAUGGAAAUAUCUGAAUUUUUGGUGGCCUUCCUAAGCCAGGAUUCAGACACUGCUAGAACAUCAGGGUUGGCGGAGUGUGCUAACGCAGUGAAUAACUCAAACAUAGGGAGGAGGCUUCUGAUGUUAACAUGCAAAAAAAUCAAUGCUUUUACGGUUACAGAAGUCAACAAAUGAUAGUGCCUGGGGAGUAGGAGUGAUACUGGGGGCUGCAGGGGUUAACCUCUACAUCACCAGAGGAGGAGUAGAAUAAGGAUACGGCUAAAGGCUUUAAGAACUGGUCUUCUAGUGCGUUGGGUACAGAGAAUAAAGGGGGCAGAUUUCCGUGCGUUGUAGAAUAGAUUCAGGGCAUUAUGUACAGACAAGGAUAUGGAAGGAUAUUAGUACAGUGGAGGUGCGUGUAUGGGGGGUGGAAAAAUGAGCUAUUUGAGGCAGUUUGAGAGGGACUUGGGACUCUACAGUGAAAUUGUAUAAUAAGAACUAACUGGAACAGCAAUAGGCAAGGCAUAUUGACAUGGGAGAGAGGCAUAAAGCAAUCACAGGUGUUAUUCGAGCUAAGACAACAACUGGUAAUGGCGAUGAAAGUUUGGGCUGAGGCUAAACAGAUAAACAGGACACGGUACCGUGUAAAGGAACAGUCCAGCAGGCAUCAGCUGUGCAGCUGAGUGAUCAUAAGGUCCAGUGAACAGCAAUAUGUGAGUCCGAGAGCAGUUCGAAUUGGUGCUAUAGCACAGGCGAGCAGGAAGCUCGGCUGUUAUUUGCGUGUGCUAGCCGGCCGGGGCUAGCAGAUGGAUGUUGUGGUCGUCGCAACGCCUGUUGAAACCACAGACGAUUACGUCGGCAGACCAGUCGUGAUGGAUCGGCGGGGCUCCGUGUCGACUCUAGGAGGUCCCGUCCGGUUGAUAGAGAGGUAGAUAGCCGGGAGAUGGGCCUGACUCAAGGCUAGCUCAAGGCUGAUUAGCCAACAACAACAUCCAUUUGGUUGCAGCUAGCUAGUUGCGAUGAUCCGGUGUUAAAGGUCCAGUGAUUCAGUGAUUCCGGCAGAAGAAACUGUAUGUUCUGGGUGAAAAACCGCUAACGGUGGCUAUUUAGCAAGUAGCUAGUUAGCUGGCUAGCUAGUUUCAACUGGAUAUUCUAGAUAAAAGGUAAGUCAAUAAUAGUAUCCGUUCCACAUUGAGUGAGGCGGGUUGCAGGAAAGUAUAUUUAGUAGAUGGAUGAAAAGUGUGAUAGGGAAAUAUGUACGAAAAAUACAAAAAAAUUACAAAAAAACAGGCUAUUUACACGGACACACAAGAGUACACGACCGCACUGCUACGCCAUUUUGGAUACAAGAAUACUUACAGUGGGGAAAAAAAGUAUUUAGUCAGCCACCAAUUGUGCAAGUUCUCCCACUUAAAAAGAUGAGAGAGGCCUGUAAUUUUCAUCAUAGGUACACGUCAACUAUGACAGACAAAAUAAGAAAAAGAAAUCCAGAAAAUCACAUUGUAGGAUUUUUAAUGAAUUUAUUUGCAAAUUAUGGUGGAAAAUAAGUAUUUGGUCAAUAACAAAAGUUUCUCAAUACUUUGUUAUAUACCCUUUGUUGGCAAUGACACAGGUCAAACGUUUUCUGUAAGUCUUCACAAGGUUUUCACACACUGUUGCUGGUAUUUUGGCCCAUUCCUCCAUGCAGAUCUCCUCUAGAGCAGUGAUGUUUUGGGGCUGUCGCUGGGCAACACGGACUUUCAACUCCCUCCAAAGAUUUUCUAUGGGGUUGAGAUCUGGAGACUGGCUAGGCCACUCCAGGACCUUGAAAUGCUUCUUACGAAGCCACUCCUUCGUUGCCCGGGCGGUGUGUUUGGGAUCAUUGUCAUGCUGAAAGACCCAGCCACGUUUCAUCUUCAAUGCCCUUGCUGAUGGAAGGAGGUUUUCACUCAAAAUCUCACGAUACAUGGCCCCAUUCAUUCUUUCCUUUAUACGGAUCAGUCGUCCUGGUCCCUUUGCAGAAAAACAGCCCCAAAGCAUGAUGUUUCCACCCCCAUGCUUCACAGUAGGUAUGGUGUUCUUUGGAUGCAACUCAGCAUUCUUUGUCCUCCAAACACGACGAGUUGAGUUUUUACCAAAAAGUUCUAUUUUGGUUUCAUCUGACCAUAUGACAUUCUUCCAAUCCUCUUCUGGAUCAUCCAAAUGCACUCUAGCAAACUUCAGACGGGCCUGGACAUGUACUGGCUUAAGCAGGGGGACACGUCUGGCACUGCAGGAUUUGAGUCCCUGGCGGCGUAGUGUGUUACUGAUGGUAGGCUUUGUUACUUUGGUCCCAGCUCUCUGCAGGUCAUUCACUAGGUCCCCCCGUGUGGUUCUGGGAUUUUUGCUCACCGUUCUUGUGAUCAUUUUGACCCCACGGGGUGAGAUCUUGCGUGGAGCCCCAGAUCGAGGGAGAUUAUCAGUGGUCUUGUAUGUCUUCCAUUUCCUAAUAAUUGCUCCCACAGUUGAUUUCUUCAAACCAAGCUGCUUACCUAUUGCAGAUUCAGUCUUCCCAGCCUGGUGCAGGUCUACAAUUUUGUUUCUGGUGUCCUUUGACAGCUCUUUGGUCUUGGCCAUAGUGGAGUUUGGAGUGUGACUGUUUUGAGGUUGUGGACAGGUGUCUUUUAUACUGAUAACAAGUUCAAACAGGUGCCAUUAAUACAGGUAACGAGUGGAGGACAGAGGAGCCUCUUAAAGAAGAAGUUACAGGUCUGUGAGAGCUAGAAAUCUUGCUUGUUUGUAGGUGACCAAAUACUUAUUUUCCACCAUAAUUUGCAAAUAAAUUCAUAAAAAAUCCUACAAUGUGAUUUUCUGGAUUUUUUUCCUCAAUUUGUCUGUCAUAGUUGACGUGUACCUAUGAUGAAAAUUACAGGCCUCUCUCAUCUUUUUAAGUGGGAGAACUUGCACAAUUGGUGGCUGACUAAAUACUUUUUCCCCCCACUGUAUGUAAAUAAUGUAUUUCUGUUUUUUAAUUUUUUUUAAUUUGUUUAUUAUACAUUUAGCGGACGCUCUUAUCCAGAGCGACUUACAGGAGCAAUUAGGGUUAAGUGCCUUGCUUAAGGGCACAUCGACAGAUUUUUCACCUUGUCUGCUCGGGGAUUAGAACCAGCGACCUUUCGGUUACUGGCACAACGCUCUUACCCACUAAGCUACCUAUUUAUUUGUAAUACAUUUCUAAAAACCUGUUUUCGCUUUGUCAUUAUGGGGUAUUGUAUGUAGAUUGAUGAGGAACAUUUUUAAUUGAAUCCAUUUUAGAAUAAGGCUGUAACGUAACAAAUGUGGAAAAAGUCAAGGGGUCUGAAUACUUUCCUAUGACUGUGGACAACGCUGAAGCAGAAAGUACACGCGUUGUAUUAUACUGUACUAUCCUAGAAGCAUGCAUACACACACAUACACGACACAGCUGAAGCAUGGCAUAACAUUCCCUUUAGUGCACACAACUAGACCUACCUGAUGAGACCUCUCAACUGCACUGACUUUCACUCCCUCCAAUUCCCUGGUUUAACACAUGUGCUUUGUGUUUCCAGGGGGUCCCUGAAGACCUUCAUCCACACUGUUCACCUGCUGCAGAAACAAACAGACCUGGGCCAGCUCCCUGUGGCUGAUGUGCUCUACAGGUGAGUCUAGUAUCCUCAUGUCUGGAUGUGCUUGAUGAGACUCCCUUGUGUCCCUUCCCUGUCUUGCUGAGGUUGUGACCUCUUUCUCUCCCCAUCUGUCCCACCCAGACUCCUAGUGCUGGAGGGGGGGCCAGGCUCCCCGUCCUGUCUGCUAGGGGGCAAGCACAGCGUCUCCUGGGGCUUUGAGGACAUGCUGCCUACGCCUGACAGCAGCGCUGGAGGGGCAGAGAGCAAAGGUAAGCCUGUGUGUGUAUGAGAACAAUAGCUCCAUUGGCCUUGGGACAGGGGGAAAACCUUAAUUAAACUGGACCUGGGAGAGGUUUCAACAGAGGUUGCUUUUUUGAAAGCUCAAAAGAUAUUCCGGUCUAUUGAUCUAUGGGUCAUUUUUGUGCUGUCAGAUUGUUCUCCAUUCUCACAGUACCAUUAUAGAGUAAUUUGUAUGGAAGUGCUCUGUAUGUGCAGUUGUUAGGUGUGUUUCCUUUGUGUGGAUACAGGAAGUGAAUAGGCCUAGACAUGUUUAUUUUGUGAUUUUCUGGCUGUUAAGUGACAAGUAUUGUGUGAUGGUGACAUGGGGUGACUCUGCUGGCCCUCAGAAUCCUCACUGCCUCUCAUUAUGAUUUAUUCAUUCACCUCUUUAGAUCUUUUAUAUUUGAUCCUUUGUCUGGAGCCAGUAAGAACUCCAACAUUUAGCCGGAGAGGGAGACAUGGAGUCAUCAUGUGCUGAUUUCAUUCUGUCUCAUUGGCUGAGGCUGCUGAGGAGGUCAUCAUGUGUUGGUGACUGGCAGAAGUUAGGGGGAGAAAGAGGAAGUGAGGGUGAUGGCUUGUUUCCUCCAAUCGAUGGGCUGACCUUGGAGAGCCCUGUAAGGCGAUAGGACCUCAGCAGCUCCCACUAUAGGAGGCCAGUUGAGAGGCAGAAACAUGGCAGCUAGAGAAUAUAUUAGAGCUGGCUGGCUGUGGGCUGGGGGCCUUAUCCCUUCUCUACGUAAAAUGUCUGCACGCAUGACUGUAAGUCACUUUGGAUAAAAGCGUCUGCUAAAUGGCAUAUACAGUACUUAAGAUGCUUAAUAAGUGACAACAAAUAUAUAAAGAUAACUUUAUCCCAUUACUCAACAACAUGAAAACAGAUCUAAUUAAAUGGAACCAUUUUCCCAUAAAUCUUUCAGGUAGAAUAAACCUUUUUAGAAUGGCAUGGCUCCCAAAGUUUUUAGAUUUAUUUUCAGUAAUACCAAUUACCCCACCAAAGACAUUCUUUAAAAAAGUGUACUUGGUCAUAACAGACUUUAUAUGGGUAGAUAAAACUCCUAGAAUAAAAAGGAACGUUUUAAAUCUUCCUAAGUCUGAGGGUGGUUUUAACCAUCCGGACUUGGAAUUGUAUCAACUUGCCACCCUAGACUUUUACUUGCGACAUAUAGUUAAAUGCACUAAAGAGGAACUAUGGGUACAUAUUGAAGAUGCGCAUGCUCAUCCCCAGAAUCUUUUUACGUGUCUAUUUUCAAAGGAUAAAGCUAAGAACAUUAACAACUUCAUAGUUAAGAACACUAUAACAGUAUGGAAGAAAAUUAAACAGAUUCUACAAAAAAUAUUAUCACUCCCUAAAAACACAGCUUUAUGGAACAAUCCUUGGAUAGCGUUUCAGAAUUAAUCGAUAAAUUGGCCCACAUGGAAAACUAAAGGCAUAGAAAUCGUAAAUGACGUGGUAAUAGGAAAUACAAUUAUUACAGAAUUAAAAAGCUUUUGGUCAUGUAGUUUAUUUAUUAUUAUUAUAUAUUAUAUUCAAACACAAAUUAUCAAUUGGACAUUUAGGGCUAUACUAUGACUGUCCCUGCUGUCUGCACCAUGGUUCCUCACACUGGGGAGAAGAUAUGAGAAAGCAAACGGAUGGACAUUAUGUCAUGUCGUCUCACCCCUUCCACUGUUAUUGUCCCUUGCUCUCUAUACUGUCCUCCCUCUUUCCCCCCUUCCCUGUUUCUUUGCCCCCCCCCUUCCGUUUUUUCUCUCUCCGCUGUUUCUCACCCCGUCUCUUCCUCCCUCCCUGCUGUUGCAGACACAGACCUGGGGCGCUGCCUGGCCACAGACGGGCUCUAUCUCUACACCACUAACUCCUUUGGGAGAGGAAUCAGCAAGCUGGGCUCCGGUUUGCACGGGACACUGAGGUAACAUGGCACCCCUGACUACAUAUGUAGAGAGAGUGAUAAUGCAGCGUGAGAGUAAAAUGUACAGUGGGGAAAAAAAGUAUUUAGUCAGCCACCAAUUGUGCAAGUUCUCCUACUUAAAAAGAUGAGAGAGGCCUGUAAUUUUCAUCAUAGGUACACGUCAACUAUGGCAGACAAAAUGAGAAAAAAAUAAUCCGAAAAUCACAUUGUAGGAUUUUUAAUGAAUUUAUUUGCAAAUUAUGGUGGAAAAUAAGUAUUUGGUCAAUAACAAAAGUUUCUCAAUACUUUGUUAUAUACACUUUGUUGGCAAUGACACAGGUCAAACGUUUUCUGUAAGUCUUCACAAGGUUUUCACACACUGUUGCUGGUAUUUUGGCCCAUUCCUCCAUGCAGAUCUCCUCUAGAGCAGUGAUGUUUUGGGGCUGUCGCUGGGCAACACGGACUUUCAACUCCCUCCAAAGAUUUUCUAUGGGGUUGAGAUCUGGAGACUGGCUAGGCCACUCCAGGACCUUGAAAUGCUUCUUACGAAGCUACUCCUUCGUUGCCGUGGCGGUGUGUUUGGGAUCAUUGUCAUGCUGAAAGACCCAGCCACGUUUCAUCUUCAAUGCCCUUGCUGAUGGAAGGAGGUUUUCACUCAAAAUCUCACGAUACAUGGCCCCAUUCAUUCUUUCCUUUACACGGAUCAGUCGUCCUGGUCCCUUUGCAGAAAAACAGCCCCAAAGCAUGAUGUUUCCACCCCCAUGCUUCACAAUAGGUAUGGUGUUCUUUGGAUGCAACUCAGCAUUCUUUGUCCUCCAAACACGACGAGUUGAGUUUUUACCAAAAAGUUCUAUUUUGGUUUCAUGUGACCAUAUGACAUUCUCCCAAUCCUCUUUUGGAUCAUCCAAAUGCACUCUAGCAAACUUCAGAUGGGCCUGGACAUGUACUGGCUUAAGCAGGGGGACACGUCUGGCACUGCAGGAUUUGAGUCCCUGGCGGCGUAGUGUGUUACUGAUGGUAAGCUUUGUUACUUUGGUCCCAGCUCUCUGCAGGUCAUUCACUAGGUCCCCCCGUGUGGUUCUGGGAUUUUUGCUCACCGUUCUUGUGAUCAUUUUGACCCCACGGGGUGAGAUCUUGCGUGGAGCCCCAGAUCGAGGGAGAUUAUCAGUGGUCUUGUAUGUCUUCCAUUUCCUAAUAAUUCCUCCCUUCAGUUGAUUUCUUCAAACCAAGCUGCUUACCUAUUGCAGAUUCAGUCUUCCCAGCCUGGUGCAGGUCUACAAUUUUGUUUCUGGUGUCCUUUGACAGCUCUUUGGUCUUGGCCAUAGUGGAGUUUGGAGUGUGACUGUUUGAGGUUGUGGACAGGUGUAUUUUAUACUGAUAACAAGUUCAAACAGGUGCCAUUAAUACAGGUAACGAGUGGAGGACAGAUGAGCCUCUUAAAUAAGAAGUUACAAGUCUGUGAGAGCCAGAAAUCUUGCUUGUUUGUAGGUGACCAAAUAUUUAUUUUCCACCAUAAUUUGCAAAUAAAUUCAUUAAAUGUGAUUUUCUGGAUUUCUUUUUCUCAAUUUGUCUGUCAUAGUUGACGUGUACCUAUGAUGAAAAUUACAGGCCUCUAUCAUCUUUUUAAGUGGGAGAACAUGCACAAUUGGUGGCUGACUAAAUACUUUUUUUCCCCACUGUAUGUGUGUGUGUGUGUGUGUGUAUGUAUGUAUGUAUGUAUGUAUAUAUAUAUAUAUAUAUAUAUAUAUAUAUAUAUAUAUAUAUAUAUAUAUAUAUAUAUACACACACACACACAGUGAGGGGAAAAAAGUAUUUGAUCCCCUGCUGAUUUUGCACGUUUGCCCACUGACAAAGAAAUUAUCAGUCUAUAAUUUUAAUGGUAGGUUUAUUUGAACAGUGAGAGACAGAAUAACAACAAAAAAAUCCAGAAAAACGCAUUUCAAAAAUGUUAUAAAUUGAUUUGCAUUUUAAUGAGGGAAAAAAGUAUUUGGCCCCCUCUCAAUCAGAAAGAUUUCUGGCUCCCAGGUGUCUUUUAUACAGGUAAAGCUGAGAUUAGGAGCACACUCUUAAAGGGAGUGCUCCUAAUCUCAGCUUGUUACCUGUAUAAAAGACACCUGUCCACAAAAGCAAUCAAUCAAUCAGAUUCCAAACUCUCCACCAUGGCCAAGACCAAAGAGCUCUCCAAGGAUGUCAGGGACAAGAUUGUAGACCUACACAAGGCUGGAAUGGGCUACAAGACCAUCGCCAAGCAGCUUGGUGAGAAGUUGACAACAGUUGGUGCGAUUAUUCGCAAAUGGAAGAAACACAAAAUAACUGUCAAUCUCCCUCGGCCUGGGGCUCCAUGCAAGAUCUCACCUCGUGGAGUUGCAAUGAUCAUGAGAACGGUGAGGAAUCAGACCAGAACUACACGGGAGGAUCUUGUCAAUGAUCUCAAGGCAGCUGGGACCAUAGUCACCAAGAAAACAAUUGGUAACACACUACGCCGUGAAGGACUGAAAUCCUGCAGCGCCCGCAAGGUCGCCCUGCUCAAGAAAGCACAUAUACAUGCCCGUCUGAAGUUUGCCAAUGAACAUCUGAAUGAUUCAGAGGGGAACUGGGUGAAAGUGUUGUGGUCAGAAGAGACCAAAAUCGAGCUCUUUGGCUAAGGGGACAGGACAACUUCACCGCAUCAAAGGGACGAUGGACGGGGCCAUGUACCGUCAAAUCUUGGGUGAGAACUUCCUUCCCUCAGCCAGGGCAUUGAAAAUGGGUCGUGGAUGGGUAUUCCAGCAUGACAAUGACCCCAAACAUACGGCCAAGGCAACAAAGGAGUGGCUCAAGAAGAAGCACAUUAAGGUCCUGGAGUGGCCUAGCCAGUCUCCAGACCUUAAUCCCAUAGAAAAUCUGUGGAGGGAGCUGAAGAUUCGAGUUGCCAAACGUCAGGCUCGAAACCUUAAUUACUUUUUAUUGUAUUUAUUUUUUAUUUUUUCACCUUUAUUUAACCAGGUAAGCCAGUUGAGAACAAGUUCUCAUUUACAAAUGCGACCUGGCCAAGAUAAAGCAAAGCAGUGCAAUAUAAACAACAACACAGAGUUACAUGACUUGGAGAAGAUCUGCAAAGAGGAGUGGGACAAAAUCCCUCCUGAGAUGUGUGCAAACCUUGUGGCCAACUACAAGAAACGUCUGACCUCUGUGAUUGCCAAAAAGGGUUUUACCACUAAGUAAUAAGUCAUGUUUUGCAGAGGGGUCAAAUACUUAUUUCCCUCAUUAAAAUGCAAAUCAAUUUAUAACUUUGUUGACAUGCGUAUUUCCAGAUUUUUUUGUUGUUAUUCUGUCUCUCACUGUUCAAAUAAACCUACCAUUAAAAUUAUAGACUGAUCAUGUCUUUGUCAGUGGGAAAACGUACAAAACCAGCAGGGGAUCAAAUACUUUUUUCCCUCACUGUAUAUAUAAUGUGUAUAUACAGUCGUGGUCAAAGGUUUUGAGAAUGACACAAGUAUUGGUCUUCAUAAAGUUUGCUGCUUCAGUGUUAUGAGAUAUUUUUGUCAGAUGUUACUAUGGUAUACUGAAGUAUAAUUACAAGCAUUUUAUAAGUGUCAAAGGAUUUUAUUGACAAUUACAUUAAGUUUAUGCAAAGAGUCAAUAUUUGCAGUGUUGACCCUUUCUUUUUCAAGACCUCUGCAAUCCGCCCUGACAUGCUGUCAAUUAACAUCUGGGCCACAUCCUGAAUGAUGGCAGCCCAUUCUUGCAUAAUCAAUGCUUGAAGUUUGUCAGAAGUUGUGGGUUUUUGUUUGUCCACCCGCCUCUUGAGGAUCGACCACAAGUUCUCAAUGGGAUUAAGGUCUGGGGAGUUUCCUGGCCAUGGACCCAAAAUGUCGAUGUUUUGUUCCCAGAGCCACUUAGUUAUCACUUUUGCCUUAUGGCAAGGUGCUCCAUUAUGCUGGAAAAGGCAUUGGUCGUCACCAAACUGUUCUUGGAUGGUUGGGAGAAGUUGCUCUCGGAGGACGUGUUGGUACCAUUCUUUAUUCAUGGCUGUGUUCUUAGGCAAAACUAUGAGUGAGUCCACUCCCUUGGCUGAGAAGCAACCCCACACAUGAAUGGUCUCAGGAUGCUUUACUGUUGGCAUGACACAGGACUGAUGGUAGCGCUCACCUUGUCUUCUCCGGAUUCAUCAGAGAAAAUUACUUUACCCCAGUCCUCAGCAGUCCAAUCCCUGUACCUUUUGCAGAAUAUCAGUCUGUCCCUGAUGUUUUUCCUGGAGAGAAGUGGCUUCUUUGCUGCCCUUCUUGGCACCAGGCCAUCCUCCAAAAGUCUUCGCCUCACUGUGCAUGCAGAUGCACUCACACCUGCCUGCUGCCAUUCCUGAGCAAUCUCUGCACUGGUGGUGCCCCGAUCCCGCAGCUGAAUCAACUUUAGGAGACGGUCCUGGCGCUUGCUGGACUUUCUUGGGCGCCCUGACGCCUUCUUCACAACAAUUGAACCGCUCUCCUUGAAGUUCUUGAUGAUCUAAAAAAUUGUUGAUUUAGGUGCAAUCUUACUAGCAGCAAUAUCCUUGCCUGUGAAGCCCUUUUUGUGCAAAGCAAAGAUGACGGCACGUGUUUCCUUGCAGGUAACCAUGGUUAACAGAGGAAGAACAAUGAUUUCAAGCACCCCCCUCCUUUUAAAGCUUCCAGUCUGUUAUUCUAACUCAAUCAGCAUGACAGAGUGAUCUCCAGCCUUGUCCUCGUCAACACUCUCACCUGUGUUAACGAGAGAAUCACUGACAUGAUGGCAGCUGGUCCUUUUGUGGCAGGGAUGAAAUGCAGUGGAAAUAUUUUUUGGGGGAUUAAGUUCAUUUUCAUGGCAAAGAGGGACUUUGCAAUUAAUUGCAAUUCAUCUGAUCACUCUUCAUGACAUUCUGGAGUAUAUGCAAAUUGCCAUCAUCAAAACUGAGGCAGCAGACUUUGUGAAAAUUAGUAUUUGUGUCAUUCUCAAAACGUUUCACCACGACUGUACACUACCGUUCAAAAGUUUGGGGUCACUUAGAUUUUUUUUCUUCCAUUUUUAAAAUAACAUCAAAUUGAUCAGAAAUACAGUGUAGACAUUGUUAAUGUUGUAAAUGGCUAUUGUAGCUGGAAACGGCUGAUUUUUUUAUGGAAUAUCUACAUAGGCGUACAGAGGCCCAUUAUCAGCAACCAUCAGUCCUGUGUUCCAAUUGCAUGUUGUGUUUGCUAAUCCAACUUUAUCAUUUUAAAAGGCUAAUUGAUCAUUAGAAAACCCUUUUGCAAUUAUGUUAGCACAGCUGAAAACUGUUGUGCUGAUUAAAGAAGCAAUAAAACUGGCCUUCUUGAGACUAGUUGAGUAUCUGGAGCAUCAGCAAUUGUGGGUUCGAUUACAGAAUCAAAAUUGCCAGAAACAAAUAACUUUCUUCUGAAACUCGUCAGUCUAUUCUUGUUCUGAGAAAUGAAGGCUAUUCCAUGCGAGAAAUUGCCAAGAAACUGAAGAUCUCGUACAACGCUGUGUAGUACUCCCUUCACAGAACAGCGCAAACUGGCUCUAACCAGAAUCGAAAGAGGAGUGGGAGGCCCCAGUGCACAACUGAGCAAGAGGACAAAUACAUUAGUGUCUAGUUUGAGAAACAGGCGCCUCACAGGUCCUCAACUGGCAGCUUCAUUAAAUAGUACCCACAAAACACCAGUCUCAACGUCAACAGUGAAGAGGCAACUCCGGGAUGCUGACCUUCUAGGCAGAGUUGCAAAGAAAAAUACAUAUCUCAGACUGGCAUAUAAAAAUAAAAGAUUAAGAUGGGCAGUCUGAGAUAUGGCUGUUUCUUUGCAACUCUGCCUAGAAGGUCAGCAUCCCGGAGCCACAGGGACAACUCCUGUCCCUUCUUCUGCCCUACUGUAUUCCUCCUCUGACUUAUUUCACUUUCUGAGCAAAAUGUCAUAGGAAAUGGAGAGUCUGGUUUUGUUUGUGCAGGGGGUUUGUGUACUGUCGGAAUGAGGAGUUGGAGCCGGGCUGGGUGGUGUUCAGUAGUGGCCGCCUUCUCCACCGCCCAGCCUCCUUUGAUUUCAAGCCCCAUCAGCUGUGCCAGGUCAUCGACCUCUUCACCCUUCAGGUACGCCAGCUGGCAUCUAGCAACAGGCUUCAUGACAUGACUCAAUUACACAGUGGGUGAUCUAAUACUGUAUCUCCACUAAAAUACUGACUGUGCUCUUUCUACCCGUCUCAGGUGUGCCAGAUCGUGCCAAUGCCAGCCCACCACUUCCCUGUGGGCAGCAGCGUGACAACGCUUCACCUGUGUUCAGAUGGAACCUACCUGUACUGGGUGUGGUCUCCCGCCAGCCUUAACGAGAAGACCCAGAAAGGCCACUCCGUCUUCAUGGAUGUCUUUCAGCUGUCGGUGAGUGAGCAUGCUUCCCCUAGCCUCUCAACAAUGCUCAGCAAAGCUCUUCUCUCGUUCCCAUCUCUCACCCCUCUCUCCCUCCUCCCCCCGUUGCAGACGGAGACAGGGUUGUGUGUGGCAGACGUCCUUCAGGAGAGGGUGAUCCUAACACGGAAGGAGGGCGAGUCUUCCAAGUGUCUGAACGAGCUGCUGCUGAGCCGCAUGUCGCGCUUCCGCGCCUCCCACUCCGCCACGCUGGCCGCUCUCACCGGCUCUGCCAUCUCCAACACUGUCAAGGAGGAGCAGUCCGGUAAUACACACACUCAGUACUCAUAAUACGCUCACACUAUUUAGAUAAAUAUUGUUUCACACUCAGUUAAAUGUGUAAUAACCAGGCAGUGAAAAUUAUGAUUGAAUCCAUUAUCCUCAUCACAUUGCACAUUCUGCGAUUCACACUUCACGUCCGUAGGCCUGUAUAUUUAUGUUGUGUGUUGAAGCAGGUCUUUGCUCCUCUUCCAUAGCAGUGAACACUAGCUGUGGCCUCCCUCUGAAGACCCUGAGGAAGACGCCCAUGUAUGUGUGUGGGACCUCUCUGGUGAUGCUGGCGUCUCCGCCCGGCGUGUCUGGCAGCUCUACCACACGCUCCCUGUUUGGAGGCACCAGCGGCCUGUCCUCCCUGAAGAGUAAGAUCAGACAUUUUCAUCUUCACUGGGAAUCUCUGUUGUGUUUUAAGCAAGUCUCUUUUCUCUCUACUGUCAGUGGUAUAUUUGUUGACUGCUUUCCUCUCUUUCUCUGACCAGUCCUCUCCUCCAGUCUGGUGUUUAACCUAGCUGAUGGUCAGUUCAGCAGCCGGGCAGACCUCAUUGAUGCCCCUGGCAGUUCUCUGGGCAGGGGUGCCCAGGUGUCAGGGUUAGGUAAGCUCCUGUUCAGGAAUUAUUUUUUUCAGUGUGAACUGAAAUGUAUAGAUAAGUGCAGCACUUAUUUGUGUUGUAACCCCUGCACCAUUUCCUAUGUGCUUGUAGGAGCCUGCUAUGACGCCCUCAACAACUUGAUCUGGACCUGCUCCAGUGACUACAUGGACCAGUGGUGUAACCCUGGCAACCAGGCCUUCCAUCACGUGUGCCAUAGGCUUGGCGUCAGCCAUGUCAUCAAAGAACCCAAAGGUAACCAAAACAGCCCUACUCCUGUUUACCAAUCAACGUUGACCUCAAGUGAUGUGCUGCAGAAUCAUAGGCUAAAUAGUGUCUGAAUCAGCUUCUCCAUUCAUGUCAGAUCAGGCAGUUAAUAGUUACUACCCUCCCUUCCUCUCUCCCUGCUGCAGAGGAGACUGUGGCCACCGGUGAGGUGAUCAACCAGCUGCUUCACCAUGUGGGCGCCAUGUGCAUCCACCAGCUCAACCUGCUGGCAGCCAGCAGCAGCCUGCCCCUGGGCACCCUCCUGGGCAAGCAGCACCCUAUCGAUGCUCGCCACUUCAGCAGCAUCUGUGACAUCAUGGAGAAAGCCAUGGUCAAUGGGGACACCUGCAUCAUCCACUGCAUCCUGGUGGUGUUCCAGGUACGGUGGAGCUGGAGAUCCAGCCUGCUACUGUGAUGCUACCUGUAGCCCAACUGACGUCUAAAUCACUCAUAUUUACACAUUGGUGUUUGUUGUUCAGGUGGUGUUCAGGUUCUUCAACCCUCAGUCGGCGAAGAACAGGGAGAGCGUGCAGCGUUCAGGUCUGCUCCUGUGGCAGCUGCUCAUGGCGCCUGUGGAUCAGAUCGGAGCAGAGAUCCAGGCAGAAGUGUGCCUGGCUAUCAGGUAAACACAACUCAGUACAGCACAAAGCCAUAACCGUAAACACAGGACACACAUAAAGACAUGAACUUUGAGACAACUAUCAGUCCCUUGAUUGACAUCUACGGUCUCGUCUCUGUCUAUCUCUCCCUCUCUGUAGCUCGGGUUUGAAUACCUUGUAUCAGGGGGAGUCUGAACUUAACAACCUGCUGAAGCUGGUCCUGACAGAAGGUGAUAGUUGCAACCUACUCAUUGGGUUUUAUGCACACUCUUAACACAUACUAAUAAUUUUCGUAUAGUGCUUGUAUCUGGUACAAUGGAGUUGCUGAAUGUGGUCUGUGUGUAUGCAUCUGUGUGAUCUUUAGGGGAGAGGAACAGUGGUCUGUCUCAGCUCCGUGAUGUCAUCCUCACCAACCUGGCUGACCAGCUGCAGAAAAAUCGCUUUGGGAGUGACGAAGAUGACCUCUACAGGUAGAGCACAGCUAUUGCAGAGAUUUGCUCAACACUUUGCAAUUUCUUGUAUUCCUGCUAGAAAAAUAACUCCCAAUUCCUCCCCUAACCAGAGCUAAAGGGUUUCACUGAGUAACCUGAUGCCAUAAAAUGUUCUAUCCCAUUAAUAAUAAUGCAAUAUGACACUGUCUCUCUGUAUAAGAGGGUUGUUCAGCUGAAUCAUUCUGAACAUCUCUCUCCUGUGUUUCCCCUUCAGACUCGGUGAUGAACUCCUGCACUGUAUCCUGAAGACCGUUGUCCGUGAAUCCUGCUGCCUUAUCACCAAAUGUCAGACUGUCGCUAGGGACGACUUCCAGAAGCUUCUCUCCACUGUGCCAGUAUGUGUCUCUGUCGCUGCUCAACUACACCAAGGAUCAACUGGGCUUUGUCUGGUCAGACCGUCUGUUGUCUAAUCAACAGUAGAUUGUGUGUUAGCUCUUGUAUACUGACUUGUAGUCCCCUUCCCUCCUUCCCCUCUACCAGGUGGCCUCAUCAAGCCUGCGCUACCUCAUGGCUGUUCAGAACCACCUGCUUAGCAACACCAUUCUAAUCCGCCCCGACGACAACGACGACAGUGACAACUCCCUACAAGGGGAAACAAUGAAGGUACAGGUAAACACCCCCUUUAAAUACCCCUACUGCUGUCUGUCCAUGUGGAGUCAAUAUGUCCACCCCUCUCUUCUCUUCCUUUCUCUCGCUCUCCCUCUCUCUGAGCGAGGAAAUGUUAAAUCAUGACACAGCAUAGCCACCCCAUUUAGCAUAUUCAACAGUAAGUCCUUUUUGCUCAGAUAGUGCUUUUAUCUAUGGGUGUUUGUUUUCUUACCCACAGGCACAUAGUAGAGCUGCGAGUGUACAUUUUGUUAGAGUAUAUGUGGUUGUUUUUCCUGUUGGAAGCAAGUAGGCACUGUUACGGAAGCGUUGCCUUUUCUGUGUGUGGUUUCCAGGAGCUGCAGACCAGCAUCCUGUCGCUGGCCACCAAGAUCCUGGUGGGGUGUGAUGAGGUGCUGGAGACCAUGCAGCAGGUGACUACCGCCCUCAUCAACAGUGACAUCACCGACCGAGAGACCAGGUGACCAUCUCCCCCCACCUCUCUGCUUUACCUGUUACCCGUCUACCUGUUACCUAUCUACCUGUCAUUUUACCCGUUGUCUGCCUACCCCUAGCCCUCAACCUGUUGCCUGUGUAGUUCCAUGUUUCCUUUGUUUGCAUUUCCCUUUCUAUCUGCCUCUUCUUCUACAUACCUCUCAUCCCACUUUUCUCUCUCAUCCUCUUUCCUCCUCUUCCUCUCUCCUCCUCCCCCUCUCUCCUCUUCGUCUCUCCUCCUGGGCCGCAGGCUGAAGGGCUUGGAGCAGAUUACCAAGGCUACAAUGCUGGGGCACCUGCUGCCGGUUCUGCUCACCUCUCUGAUGCACCCCAACCUGCAGACACUCGCACUCGCCGACGCCCUCAUGCCCCAACUAGUGCAGCUAGUCCUCUACACCAGCCAGGUGGGGGCGCUCAAACAAACAGUGACCAGUCUCACCUCAAUGCAGAUAUUUCUUAUCUGGUUUAGAACUUGUGGCUGUCAUCUCUAGUUUCUGUGUUGGAAUAUGGGUAGACAUAUGGUGAUUGUUAAAUGAAGGUUGAUGAUAAUUGGGAAGGAGAAUAAGUAUACACUACCGGUCAAAGUUUUAGAACACCUACUCAUUCAAGGGUUUUUCUUUAUUUUUACUAUUUUCUACAUUGUAGAAUAAUUGUGAAGACAACAAAACUAUGAAAUAACACAUAUGGAAUCGUGUAGUAACCAAAAAAGUGUUAAACAAAUAUAUUUUAUAUUUGAGAUUCUUCAAAUAGCCACCAUGUGCCUUGAUGACAGCUUUGCACACUUGCACACCAGCUUCACCUGGAAUGCUUUUCCAACAGUCUUGAAGGAGUUCCCACAUAUGUUGAGCACAUGUUGGCUGCUUUUCUUUCACUCUGCGGUCCGUCUCAUCCCAAACCAUCUCAAUGUACCUUCUUGGUAAAAUAGCCCUUACACAGCCUGGAGGUGUGUUGGGUCAUUGUCCUGUUGAAAAACAAAUGAUAGUCCCACUAAACCCAAACCAGAUGGGAUGGCGUAUCGCUGCAGAAUGCUGUGGUAGCCAUACUGGUUAAGUGUGCCUUGAAUUCUAAAUAAAUCACAGACAGUGUCACCAGCAAAGCACCCCCACACAAUAACACCUCCUCCUCCAUGCUUUACUGAGGGAAAUAUACAUGCGGAGAUCAUCCGUUCACCCACACUGCGUCUCACAAAGACACAGCGGUUGGAACCAAAAUUCUCCAAUUUGGACUCUAGACCAAAGGACACAUUUCCACCGGUCUAAUGUCCAUUACUCGUGUUUCUUGGCCCAAGCAAGUCUCUUUUUCUUAUUGGUGUCCUUUAGUAGUGGUUUCUUUGCAGCAAUUCGACAAUGAAGGCCUGAUUCACACGGUCUCCUCUGAACAGUUGAUGUUGAGAUGUGUCUGUUAAUUGAACUCUGUGAAGCAUUUAUUUGGCCUGCAAUUUCUGAGGCUGGUAACUCUAAUGAACUUAUCCUCUGCAGUGGAGGUAACUCUGGGUCUUCCAUUCCUGUGGCGGUCCUCAUGAGAGCCAGUUUCAUCAUAGCGCUUGAUGGUUUUUGCGACUGCACUUGAAGAAACUGUCAAAGUUCUUAAAAUGUUCAGUAUUGACUGACCUUCAUGUCUUAAAGUAAUGAUGGACUGUCGUUUCUCUUUGCUUAUUUGAGCUGUUCUUGCCAUAAUAUGGACUUGGUCUUUUACCAAAUAGGGCUAUCUUCUGUAUACCCCCCAACCUUGUCACAAUACAACUGAUUGGCUCAAACGCAUUAAGAAGGAAAGAAAUUCCACAAAUUAACUUUUAAGAAGGCACACCUGUUAAUUGAAAUGCAUUCCAGAUGACUACCUCAUGAAGCUGGUUGAGAGAAUGCCAAGAGUGUGCAAAGCUGUCAUCAAGGCAAAGGGUGGCUAUUUGAAGAAUCUCAAAUAUAAAAUAUAUGUUGAUAUGUUUAACACUUUUCUGGUUACUAUUUGAUUCUAUAUGUGUUAUUUCAUAGUUUUGAUGUCUUCACUAUUAUUCUACAAUGUAGAAAAUAGUAAAAAUAAAGAAAAACCCUUGAAUGAGUAGGUGUUCUAAAACUUUUGUAGUGUAUAUUUAUAUGGGUUUCUCCUGGUCAUUUCCCAGACUGCUCUGCUGCUGAAGACCCAGUCUCCUCUCUUCACUGACAGCACUCCACUGGUAGGAGGGCCGCUGGGCCAAAAGACGCCUGCUGCUGCUGCUGAUGACAGGUAAGUGCACUCACUUUCCUCUUUGUUGGCCAAGUUUAUCAGGACCAGAAGCCUUGUUUUCCAAGUGUGUUUGUGUAUCUCUGUCCCUGACGACUGUUCCUCUGUCCCCGAUGACUCUUCCUCUGUCCCCGAUGACGGUCUGUCCUACUUCAGCUUUAGAAUCCUAGAUGAGCGGGAGGAGCCAGGCUUCCUAACAGGCCUGAAGAUCCCUGCCCCAUGGGCUGCUGGGAAGACGGUGGAGACGGUCCACCCGGUGCGAGACAACUAUAAGUUCAAAGAGACGGUACACAUUCCAGGAGCACGCUGCCUCUACCUGCGCUUCGACUCCCGCUGCUCCUCACAGUACGACUACGACAAGGUGACCAAUCCCUGCACCUCUACACCCCACAUCACAUUUCCUUGUUAAAGCUAUGGCAUAACAUAGUAUUAACUCUUUCUUGAACUGUAUUGUUGGUUAAGGGCUUGUAAGUAAGCAUUUCACGGUAAGGUCUACACCUGUUGUAUUCGGCACAUGUGACAAAUAAAAUUGGAUUUGAUUUUGUAUUGCAAAGCUCUAUGAGGAAGAGUAUUUUCUUGAUAUUUUCUCUGCUGUGUUCCAGUUGGUGAUGUAUGCCGGGCCCAACACAAACAGUCGCAAGGUGACUGAGUAUGGAGGCAACACUCUGGGUUAUGGCAGUCGCAGUGUCCUGGGGACAGGUUGGCCCAAAGACCUGGUCAAGGUGGAGGGGGACACAGUGACGUUCUCCUUUGAGAUGAGGAGUGGGCGCGAGCACAACACCCCAGACAAAGCCAUGUGGGGGUUCUCCUGCACUGUCCGAGCCCAGGUACACACAGCUGUGGAGUUGGAUCACUGACACAAUGUUGUAAAUACAGCAUGAGUUCUGGCAUGUUGCUGUCAUGUUGGACAUACACACCCAGACGUUGUUAUAUUGUUACAUUGAACAGUUUCUGUUUUCCCACUCCAGGAGUCAUCAGAGGAUGUCUCUGGGGGUCUCCCCUUCCUGGCAGACCUGGCGUUGGGUCUGUCUGUACUAGCCUGCUCCAUGCUCCGCAUCCUUUACAACGGACCUGAAGUAACACGAGAGGAGGACGCCUGCCAUGACCUACUCUGCUCCAAGCUGCUCCAAAGGUGACACAGCAUAAAUGGAGAAUGAUACAGAGCACACACUAUAGAUGGCACAAAUACACUGCAAUGUAGCAGUACAGUCAUAUAGGGCUAUAAUCAACGUAAUAAGAGUAAAAUAACACAGGUGACACAGCAGAGACUAACUGCUUUGUAUUUCCUUCAGGUGCCAAUGGCAGGUGGAGGCUAAUGGUGCCCUCUCUCCAGCCCUCACCCCCAGCCCCUCGCCCUUACCCCUCACCAUUGAGGAGGACCAGGAGUUCACCUACCCUUCUAACGUCCUCAUCCCUCCACCGGGCCUCAUGCCUGGGGCCUACUUUGACCUGCCCCGUAUCCGCCUGCCUCCAGGAAUCAUGGGCCGGCUACGAGAGGUGUCCGGCAGGGCGCGGCCACAGUUCCGUCCCAGCAUCAAGUAAGAAGGGGUGACGAUAUAUGUGGUCCUCUGUAGCUCAGCUGGUAGAGCAUGUCGCUUGUAACGCCAGGGUAGUGGGUUCGAUCCCCGGGACCACCCAUACGUAAAAAUGUAUGCACACAUGACUGUAAGUCGCUUUGGAUAAAAGCGUCUGCUAAAUGGCAUAUUAUAUUAUUAUUAUAUAUACGACAGGCUUGCACAACUGCCAUCCUAAUUCCAUUUUAACCAAUCAUUACUGUUGAUCCUUUUCUCCCCCUUUCUCUCUGACUUGCCUGUCAGGGAGGUCAUCAGGCCAGACGUUAUGGAGGAAGUCAUAGUGUCGUGUGUGAUAAAGCACCUGACACUGGUGGAUGCUCUCCAGUCACUCGUCAACUUCCAGUACCGUGAGGAGCACGCUGAGGAGUAUGACCUGCUCUGUAAGAUCAUGGCCGAGACCUUCAAGAAGAUCAACUCCAUGGAGCGCCAGCUGCAGGUACACAGGUGGCACAAGUCGGCUUUUCCCUCUCCAAGUCUGUGUAUGCGUGUAUAACUUGGUCUGUUGCCCCCCCCCCCCCCCCCCAGAGUGUAGCAGAGCUGGAACAGAAGUGGCAGAACGAGGUGGAGGAAGCUCAGCAGGGAAAGCUGGAGAACAAUGCUCCUUUCUUCCAUGACUACCACUUCUUUGAGGUACACAUCCCUCUACUGCUAAUUCUCCACAGAGUCUCUUAAAAUUGUACACUGUUCAGCUCACAUAAUUCGUUUUUGUUUCCCCAGAACAAAAUGAAGGAACUAGAAUUGCUGUGUUCACUAAAGGAGGUCCCACUGGACUGCAGUGAUUUGGAAAACGUUGUCCUCACACUGAGGUAAGACAUUGGAGAAGAGCGAAUUGAUAAUACAGAUGUCUGCUGAGGUAACAUCUACACUGCUUAGUUGAUACAUUUUCCUUCGUGUUGUCUUCUGGUUUGUGAUCUGAAUUUGUCCACAGGGAGAAGUUCUUCCAGGAGGUGAACUCCAUCCACUUGAAAGGUGCUGUGCCGCUGGCCAAAACCAAAGCCCUGGUGAAGAGCCUAAUGAACCGCACAGAGCUGCUGCUCCACGUCACCAUCGCUCCUCACUGCAGGAGCCUGACCACCACGCCUUCUGGCACACCAGGUACAACUCAGCUUACACCUUCCUACAUUACAUCUCCCCAGCCUACUACACAACCCCAGCCUGCACCUCCCCAGCCUACUACACUUCCCUAGCUUACACCUGCUCCUCUAUAGCCCUCCCCUGAUUUACCUUGACUGCCUGCAUGUAGUAUGAUGAAAUAGAGGUAACCGAUACUAUUUUUGUUGUUGUUGUUGCAGCCUGUAAGUCUGUGUCAGACACUAAGACGGUGGUCCCCGGGGUGAAGCAGCCAGUCUUCCUGCGCAGCGUGUCUGCACCCUCCGACCUGGAGAUGAUUGCCAACCAGGACCUGGAGUUCACACACAGCAGCCAAAGGUUCAUUGUACACUGACAUUUUUGAUGAUACAGAGAAAGUGGAUUACAAGCGUAACUACACUAAGUUGAUGAUGAAUGGAGAGAGUACUCACCUCUCCAGUUUGUUGUCCUCCCCUACUGUAGGAGGCGACACCACCCCACCAGUCACCGCAGCAGCUCCUUCACACUGCUGCAGUCUCUAGCCAUGGAGGACAGCCGGGACAAGCCAACGUACAGUGUGCUGCUGGGACAGCUCUUUGCCUUCAUAGGGACCACGCCCAACCAGUCUGUAAGUCCAGCCCUCUUCCACAAAGUCACUGCACAUACACACUGGAAUUGUUUUUGGUGCAAAAUGAUUAGAGAAGAUGAGUCUACCCAUAUUUUACCCUAAUUCUGCCUCCUCCAGGUGUCCAGCAGCAGUUUCCUAUCUGCAGCUCAGACACGGUGGAGGCGGGGCAGCACGAGGAAGCAGGCCUUGGUUCACAUGAGGGAGCUGCUCACCGCUGCAGUCAGGGUGGGCGGGGUCACUCACCUGGUGGGCCCUGUUACCAUGGUGCUGCAGGGAGGGCCAAGGUAAGGGAUGGACACAGACACACUCACACACAAACCUACCAUGAAUAUAACAUUCUGAAAGAAAAUUCUGUUUUAUAAAUGUAUGUGUAUCUGUGUGUGUCCUCUGCAGGAUCGAAGAGCUGACAUGUGGGGGAAUGGUGGAGCAGGUGCAGGAGGCCUUUGGGGAGACCAUGACGUCUGUAGUGUCACUAUGUGCCCGCUACCCCAUUGCUUGUGCUAACAGUAUCGGCAUGCUCUGCACCAUCCCCUAUACCAGGCAAGACAAUUAUUCUCUAUCUUCUGAAAUCCUCAUGUUACUCUUGGAAAACUGCUUUGUAACUGCUUUUGUAACAAACAACUCACCUCAUUCUCUUGGCACCCAAAAAUGCCUGACUUCCAAGAAUUGCCAUCCUAUAAACCCCCACCCGUCUGGCCCUGUGUUCCUGUAGGAGUGAGGAGCAGUGCCUGGUGCGCAGUGGUCUGGUCCAGCUGAUGGACCGCCUGUGCAGCCUGAGUGGCCAGAGGGACUGCAGCUCCAAUGAGAAGCAGACCAAGAAGCAGAAGGUGGCCACCAUGGCCUGGGCUGCCUUCCAGGUGCUUGCCAACCGCUGCAUCGAGUGGGAGAAGGUGGAAGGUAUGCAAUAUUGUUUUUUUUGGGAGGGUAGGAACUUAUCACCAUGUGAAGCAGGUAGCUCACUCUAAAAAAUUAAGAGAUCUUCCUGCGCUCAAGCAGAACAUACUGUAUAAGUACAUUUUAGUCAGAUGUUUCCAAUGUCUUGAUACUGCACUGAGCCUUUAGCUAAAGAGGAAAGUUUGAAAGACUGUCUUAAUGUCUUCAGGGUCUACUACCAAAGUGAGGACAAGAUGCAGAAGAAUAGUUGCAGGUAAAAGUUAGGCAAGCUUGGCAAAAGUUGAGUUAGGCGAAUAAUUCAGAAACCAGAGGAAAGAUGGGUAGACUUAAAAUAGCUUAUGUUCAAAAACAUAAGUAUGACUUCAUCUUUGAGGAUCUUUGCAUAUAGAUAAUCAGACUUUAAGAUGCAACCUCACAUCAGUGUUUUUCUACAGUAACAAUCAGUGUGUGGUGAUUCUAGCUACUACAGAAAUCCCUCUACCCCUCUCUAAAGGUGGUUCAACAGAUGCGGUGCAUUCAGGUCUGGCCCGGCAGGUGUCCAGCCUGCUGACCAACCACCUGGCCAGAGCCACAGAGUGCUGUGGUAACCAGGCAGCAGGGAACGACGCCCUGCAGGAUGUCCUCAGCCUGCUCAACGACCUGUCCAGGUAAACACCACCAGACAACAGGACAACACCUUAAACAAACUCCGAUCAACAUGAGGGCUCGAUGUUAUUUUGUGUACUGUGUUUUAGAAAUUACUGUUAGGGUGUUGUCUUCUAAUUCUUCCUGAUUGUCUGUUGCUUCUCCAGGAGCCACAUAGGGAAGGCCAUCCUGAGCCAGCCAGCCUGUGUGUCCAAACUCCUGUCCCUGCUGCUGGACCAGCGGCCGUCUCCCAAGCUGGUGCUGAUCAUCCUGCAGCUGUGCCGUGCUGCCCUGCCCCUGAUGAGUGUGGAGGACUGUGGUAACGUGGCACUACCCUCCUGGAGCUACUCCAUCAACACCCUGGAUGCUGAGCAGCAGGACGCCACCGACCCCGCCUCGCGCAUCGCUGCCCUGCUGCUGGCCAAGCUGGCUGACUACGUAGUACCAGGUAGGACCCUUUGGUCUCGACAUGUUGGUCAGGAGAUCUCUGGUCUCAGUGCUCUUUCUAACACCAUGUCCCUCACCAGGCUGCCAGACCCUGCUGUCCCCCAGCUCCUCAGAGCCAGACACCAGCCUGAGCCGCUCCAGCCCCAAGGGAACCCUGAAGUCUGAUAAGGACGCUGGGGAGGAGAGCGAGGCUGUGGAUGGCAAAUUGUCCAUCUUUAUCCACAAGAGGGAGGACCAGUCCUCUCAUGAGGUGCUCCAGCCACUGCUCAGGUAAGACUCAUCAUAAUAUCUCCUGACACCUUUUGUGUGCCAAACCAUCCAUGCAGUUUCCCUGACAUUUUCUUUCUGGUGGCCAGCAGCAGUUCAGAGGGCCGGCCAUUCCGCCUUGGAACUGGAGCCAACAUGGAGAAGGUGGUGAAGAUGGACAGAGACAUGACCAAGGUAAGGCCUGUUUAAUGUGGCUGCAUAUGUCAUUUGGGUGUGACUAAGUGAAAGAAUAGUGAAGAAUUAAAACUUGUGAAGGCAUGUUCAUUAAUCAUACCAUUAUUCCUGGCUGAUCUGCUCCUUCUCUCUCUGUCCUUCUUCACCCCACCAGAGUGGGAGCUGUGAGGUAAUCACCGAGGAGGCUGCAGCCGCCCUGAGGAAGGCCAAUAAGUGGUCCCAGUCUGGGCUGAUAGUGAGCGUGGGCCCGCCUGUGGAGGCUCUGGCCCAGGAGGCCGCUGGAGGAGUCACCACGGGGGACAAGAAGAAGACCGCUCAGACCGCUGUGUGUCGGGACAGGAACUCUGAACUGGCCAGGUCAGUCUGACACUCGAGCUGUGCAAACGUUAGAUUAUGCAUUUUUCAUAACAGUAAUACUAGUGGAAUUACAAACGGUCACAAAACUGCUCCACUAGUAGAACAUAAGAAAACUGUCACAAAACUGCUCCACUAGUAGAACAUAAGAAAACUGUCACAAAACUGCUUUCCUCUGAAGGGCUUAAUUUAUUAUUACCCCACCAGAUAUUACAGGUGCAAGGACAAUAUUUCAUUAGAAUUGUUUUCUUUCAAGGAGAAUCCAAACCCGUUAUCAGAACUUGACUGUAAUGUCAUCUUCACUGAAGACUAUGAUGAUAUCCACUUAACAUAAAUACAAAAAGCAUCCUAUGAGGGGUUGACCGCUGAUGAUCAACUACUAAUGGCAAUGAACUCUUUCCAAACGGGCAAAUCUCCUGGCUUUGAUGGUAUACCAAUGGACGUGUACAGGGUAUUUUUUACAGAAAUCAAAGAACCUUUGCUCGCCUGGUUUUUCAUUCGAACAGGGUGAACUAACAACAACCCAAUGACAGUGCCUGAUUACAUUACUAUUGGAGCAGGAGGCAAAUGGCCAAAAAAAAACUGGAGACCGCUCACUUUAUUGUGCUGUGACACCCGUAUUCUAUCAAAAUGUUUAGCACUUAGAAUAGUGCAACUCAAUAGUAGGAAGGUGUUCCUAAUGUUUGGUAUACUCAGUGCAUUCAGAAAGUAUUCAGACCGCUUUACUUUUUCCACAUUUUGUUACGUUACAGCCUUAUUCUAAAAUUGAUUAAAUUGUUUUUUUCCCUCAUCAAUCUACACACAAUACCCCAUAAUGACAAAGCAAAAACAGGUUUUCAGACCCUUUACUCAGUACUUUGUUGAAGAACCUUUGGCAACAUUUACAGCCUCGAGUAUUCUUGGGUAUGACGCUACAAGCUUGGCACACCUGUAUUUGGGGAGUUUCUCCCAUUCUUCUCUGCAGAUCCUCUCAAGCUCUUUCAGGUUGGAUGGGGAGCGUCACUGCACAGCUAUUUUCAGGUCUCUCCUGAGAUGUUAGAUAGGGUUCAAUUCUGGGCUCUGGCUGAGCCACUCAAGGACAUUCAGAGACUUGUCCCGAAGCCCCUCCUGCGUUGUCUUGGCUGUGUGCUUAGGGUCGUUGUCCUGUUGGAAGGUGAACCUUUGCCCCAGUCUGAGGUCCUGAGCGCUCUGGAGCAGGUUUUCAUCAAGGAUCUCUCAGUACUUUGUUCUGUUAAUCUUUCCCUCGAUCCUGACUAGUCUUCCAGUCCCUGCCCCUGAAAAACAUCCCCACAGCAUGAUGCUUCCACCACCGUUCUUCACCGUAGGGAUGGUGCCAGGUUUCCUCCAGAUGUGAUGCUUGGCAUUCAGGCCAAAGAGUUCAAUAUUGGUUUCUUCAGACCAGAGGAUCUUGUUUCUCAUGGUCUGAGAGUCCUUUAGGUCUGAGAGUCCUUUUACUGAGGAGUGGCUUCCGUCUGACCACUUUACCAUAAAGGCCUGAUUGGUGGCGUGCUGCAGAGAUGGUUGUCCUUCUGGAAGUUUCUCCCAUCUCCACAGAGGAACUCUGGAGCUCUGUCAGAGUGACCAUCGGGUUCUUGGUCACCUCCCUGACCAAGGCCCUUCUCCCCCGAUUGCUCAGUUUGGCCGGGUGGCCAGCUCUAGGAAGAGUCUUGGUGGUUCCAAACUUCUUCCAUUUAAGAAUGAUGGAGGCCACGGUGUUCUUGGGGACCUUCAAUGCUGCAGAAAUGUUUUGGUACCCUUCCCCAGAUCUGUGUCAAUCCAGUCUCGGAGCUCUACAGACAAUUCCUUCGACCUCAUGGCUUAUGCUCUGACAUGCACUGUCAACUGUGGGACUUUAUAAAGACAGGUGUGUGCCUUUCCAAAUCAUGUCCAAUCAAUAUAAUUUACCACAAGUGGACUCCAAUCAAGUUGUAGAAACAUCUCAAGGAUGAUCAAUGGAAACAGGAUGCACCUGAGCUCAAUUUUGAGACUCAUAGCAAAGGGUCUGAAUACUUAUGUAAAUAAGGUAUUUCUGUUUUGUUUCUAAAAACCUGCUUCCGCUUUGUCAUUAUGGGGUAUUGUGUGAAGAUUGAUUUAAUCCAUUUUAGAAUAAGGCUCUAACGUAACAAAAUGUGGAAAAAGGGAAGGGGUCUGAAUACUUUUCGAACGCGCUGCAUGUACAAAUCAUAAUUAAAAUCAGUUACUGGCAGCAAUACCAACAGAAUGGAAGAUAAAGUUCAGGGAAAGAAAAGAGAAACUGUUUGUAGACAUAUUAAAUCUCACAGAUGGUUAACUACAGAUAAAAUUCAUAAAGACGUAUAAUUUUGAUACUCCUAUCCCUAGGAAACAGGCUUUUGGUUUGAUUUAUAAAACAUAAUUAGACUCCACUAUCCGAAUGUUUCAGUUGAAGUUGAUUUUGUUACACAUCUUCUGGUAUUGACCCAUAGUUGCUCACUUUUGUGCAAAAGUACAAGAGUGGUUACUCCCUGUUUUACAUGUUUUUGUGACAUCUUCAUAAACAGUUAUAUUGGGUGACUUAAGGGACAGAUGCAACACGAUAUACAAUCUCUUGAUUCAGCUGGGGAAGUUUUUCAUUUUUAAAACGUAUUGGAUUCUUUAAAAAUAACUGUCAAACACUAUUAUACACUAGAAGGAUUGAUUGCAAAAGAAAGUGGGAGGUCGUGGGGCCUGAUUUUAUUUCAUAGACAAAGGAAAGGUGCUCCUUGAUCGCCAGUCGUAUGGCAAUUCCAGUUGUUGGUUCAUUUGUUUGUUUAGUUGUAUUUAUUGUGAUAUUGUUUUUUGUAUGUAAUUCAUGUUUAUGUUCUUUGUAGUUUGUUAGGGUAAUUGCUUGUUUGUCCACUUGUGUGUGUCCACCACACCGAGGUAGUGGGCUGAAGAGGGUGAGGUGUUCUGGGGGAGAUUUGAAGGGUACUACAAAAAAGCCUAGGAAAGAAAUACCCCCCCAAAAAUGUCAAAGUAUUUUUUAUAAUAAAGAAACCUUUUAAUAAUAAAACAUAGUUUAGUCCCCCAAAUGUGUGGAGGUGGGGAAAAAAUUUAAUAAAUCAAUACUAUCGGAAUUGAAUCUGCUGUACUAGUUUUAGUUAACCACUGGGGGGAGUGGUUCUGACCAGUCUCCUCUCUCUCCCUCCACUGUUCAGGUCUGACCCAAUCAGGCCCUUCAUCAGUGGCCAUGUGGCCAACAGUAUGGCUGCUGAGGUUAUUGCCCUGCUGCACAGCCUGCUCACAGCACCCGAAUCCAACACCGCCCAGAUCUGGACCAGCACUGCAGAGAAGGUAAAGCACCAUGCCAGUUCCAUGUCAUUCUAAGAAUAUACUGUAUAUUAAGGUCAUAGUUAUAACACAUGGACUUAACGCUGCUGAUGACUGUGCCAGGUGCUGUCUAGAGCGCUGAUGUUCAUCCCUCAGCUGGGGAAGUAUGCUGAGAGCAUCCUGGAGAACGGAAGCAGUAGCAGCAGGAAGCUGGCUAAACUCCAGGCCAUUGGCAGGCAGGCUGUGGCGGCACUCUGCGCCCUCGGAGGCUUUAAGGAGACCAUCAAGAUCGGCUCAGAGGUCCAGGUGGGUUAGGAGAAUAAAUUGAUAGAUCCAUUAGAAGACUUAGCAAUAUAAGUUGUUGUACCUGUCUCUGGUGAAAUUCACAUGCUGGCUACCAACAACACUAAACCAGGCCAACAGUGCUGUGGGCAGAAAGACCUAUAGCAGUGAAUGGUCUGUCAGUGAAUGUUUCUCUUCAUGGUCCAUCUGCUCCCCCAGGUGGUGGGGAAAGGAGUGCUGGGCAGCGUGGGCCUGGUCAUGUCCAUCAACGAGCAGGAGGGCCUGGCCACGGUUAAGUUCCCUUCCUGCGAGUACAGGAAGGCCUGCAAGUCCUCCGACAUCCUGACGGUGCCCAUCUCCCGCCUCUGCACUCCCCGCUCUGAGGUAAGGACGGCAGGUUAGAGAAGUCACAUGCGACUAAUGCACGCGACUAACGCAUGUAACUCGACUGGAAAUGAUGCAAGUGCACAAAAGGCUUUAAUGUAUGAUGGUAGACUCAUUUAAUGUGCUCUUCUCAUCCCUGUCCCUCUCCCCUUCCCCUCUCUCUCCCAGGCGCUGCCCCUCUACAAGCUGUCCAUCACAGAGAAGGUGGUGCAGGCGGUACAUUCCAUGCUCCUGCCACAGGAGGGCAGUCUGUCCAUCCACACAUCCCUCCCCGCCUCAGGAGAUGGCUCUAGUCCUGUCAUGGCCGCUGUCCGACUGCUGGCUGAAAUCAGGACCAGGUAAAUCACUAAUGAGGACAUUACCUCAGUCAAGAAGUUUUGCUGCUCCGCCAAGUGUCUCUCUGCACCUGUACGUCAUAUAUUUGUUUUGCUUAGGUUUAAAUGUGUGUUUUGUGUUUGGCUCCCAGGGCAUGUCUGGUGAUGGCCCAGCUCCUGGAGGACAGCUCAUUCUGUGAAGAGUUCAUCCAGCAGUGUCCUGCUGCUGUGGAGGUGCUUAACCUAGUGGCCCAGGAGUGCAGUCCUGGUGAGUGACCGCCCACUCUCACCCAGUAGCAUAGUGCUCAAUGAUGACACACAACUUCUGCAAUGCAGCCUGACUGUACUUUUACCGGCCAUAUUUUCCUAUAUGACCAUAGUAUUGAUUCUGCUGUGUUGUGCAGGGGAGCGUCUGGGCAUGGUCGAGGCACAGUGUGAGCGAGUGAGGAUGCUGUACCGAGACUGCGCUCGACCGCCACCCCCUCCCCUCCAGACAGACAAGUGCCAGGUGGGUGUCACUGAAGCCUCUCUACUCAUUGAUCUACUGAGGUCUACUGAUCUAAUAACUGACAUAAAACCAUACUAGGAAUUUUUGAGGGAUGAAGGGAUUCAGUUUGAGGGGCUUCCUUAUGCUCUCUGCUCCGCUCCAUACCUCUCCCUAGCCCAAGGAGAUUACAUGGAGUCCAUCCAGAGUGUUCCCUCCGGUGCGUGCCUGCAUGUUCUCAUCCCGCCUCACCUCCGUCACCUUCCUGGCCGACCCCAGUGCUGGAGGAGGCCUGCCCAGGGGAACCUUCAUCUAUGCCACCUCACCUGUACCUGUUCAGGUGGGCACCCCUGCAUUUACUGGAUGUCUUGGGAAUGGCACAUGCUAGGUUUUAUAUGAAUGAUAAUUCAGUUUUGCAUGGUUAUGAAGCAGGCUGACUAAUUCAUCUUCCUCUCCCUCUUUUUCCUGUAGGCUCCUUCCUUUUACUGGGAAAUAGAGAUUGUCUCCUAUGGAGACUCGGAAGACGACAGCGGCCCUAUUGCGUCUUUUGGCUUUGCCACAGAGGCGGAGAAGAGAGACGGAGCAUGGACCAACCCUGUUGGCACCUGCCUCUUUCACAAGUAUGUGCUCCUAUUUGACAUAUGUAAUCUCUGUGAGGUUUCCCACUGCCCUGUCUAUGACUGAGUGCUGACCUUUCUCUCCUUUCUUUUUCAUCCUCCCCCUCUGUCUCUGUGUUUCUCCCCUUCAGUAAUGGUAGGGCGGUACACUAUAAUGGCUCCAGUCUGCUGCAGUGGAAGAGUGUGAGGCUGGACGUGGCCCUACUUCCUGGUGAGAUGGGAAACAAUCCUCUCAUCUAGUUUCAUAAUAUCACCUACCUCCUAUUUUUCCAUCAUUCAUUUGACUUUUUUGCUUAUGGAACCAAUGUGUAUCGCAUAUUUAUCACAUUUUGGUGAAACAUCUGAUUUUGAACAACAUGUACUGUAUCUUGGAUGGUGACCAUUCUCUUCCUGCUUACAGGGGAUGUGGCGGGCAUUGGCUGGGAGCGCUCCGAGGGCACACCUCCACCCCCUGGCCAGGCCCCUAAAGGGCGGGUCUACUUCACCUACUGUGGCCAGCGCCUCAGCCCCUUCCUGGAGGACGUAGCAGGGGGCAUGUGGCCUCUGGUGCACAUUCAGAAGAAGGUGGGUCUUUAUGCCUGGACAUGUAAAACAAGAUAAAAAGUUAAACUAAAUAAAGCCUAAUUGAUUCAGCUGCUGUGUGUCAUCAUGGUGUGUUUUGCAUUUUGUUUAGAACACAAAGAUUCGUGCCAACUUUGGUUGCCGGGCAUUUGCGUACGCAGAGGGCCAAGCACACCGCAAUGCUGCAGACUUCUGUGUCGACCUGGCAGAGGAAAUCAGUGCUAACUUCGAGGCCCUCCCCUUCGCCAUGGCAUCCGACAGCGACAAUGAUGCGGGUGCUAGUGUGGCAUCUGACUCUGGGUCCCACGGACCCCCCUGUCGGAUCGCUGCGGUAGCAGUUGCCCAGCAACGUAUGUUCCUAUCACCUUCCCCCUUCCCCUUGCACGAAAUGCAUGUGUCUCAGUUAAAACCUUUGAUUUGGUUUGGUGUGCCAUUGUCUGAUUGCAUGAUGUUCUGGACAGUGGUCCCAUCUGGUCACUUAACAUAAAGUAUAUUGUUUUACUUAAAGGCCCAGUGCUGUCAAAAACAUGAUUUUCCUGUGUUUUAUAUAUAUUACCACACUAUGAGGUUGGAAUAAUACUGUAAAAUUGUGUAAAUGAUGAUAAUGCCCUUUUAGUGUAAGAGAUGUUUGAAAAUGAAUUUGACUGUUUUGGUGGGAUGGAGAUUUGGCUCUCCUGGUGACAUCACCAAUAAGAACGUUUCCCCUCCUCACACAGACCACUCCCAGACAGUCCUAGCUAAAUUAUUCCUUGAGAAAUUGCUUGAUUGCUAAGAAGCAAUUUCUGUCUCUUUUUUAAAAUGUUAAUUGAAAACAAUCACAGUAAGGUACUUACAAAUGUUUCCCAGAAAUUAUUUGAUAUUGAAAUAGCUGCAUUGGACCUUUAACCUGGUGUGAUUUCAGUCCUCUGUCAUGUUUGCUGUUUGGUCAACCCCACCUUGCCCCCACAGUGCUAACCCUCACCCUCCUCACUGUCUGGUCUGUGUAUAAGUGUCUCCUAGUUGGUAGCGUUUGUAAGAACUGCUUUGUUGUUUGUCCUCCCCUGUCGGGACAGAGUACAACAGUGACUCGUCGUGCCUCUACAAGGUAGAGCUGAGCUACGAGAACCUGGUCACCUCAGGGCCUGAAGCACACCCCCCGCUUAUCGCUGACGAUGAAAGUGAUGACGAAGAUGAUGACGAUGUCCACAGGGUGAGUUGAAGAUCUUGCUUAUGGUUCUGAGAAGAGCCUUCAAAUAACACAUUAACUUUUUGGUAUCCUGUUUUUUCCACUGUUGGCAUGAAUGUACUGUUUCCCCCCACCCAGGAGGACCACUAUGCCCUGCUGGUGAAGGCCUGGGAGACCAAGGUGUUCCCCACCAUCCGCCGACGCUUCCGCAACGAGGCAGAGAGGAAGUCUGGUCUGGACCAGAUCAAGGGAGCACUGCAGCUGGGUGAGGAAUUAUGUCUCUCGUUUCUGCUUCUCUGCUCUUUUAGCAGCUUGAGACACUCACUCGCUGAAAACCAGGUGGUAAAAGAGGUGAUCAACCCUGUAGCUCUGUUUGACCUUUUUGAGAGGGAUGUUUUUUGACGUUUGUUCUUUGUGGUGUUUUUAUUGCUUGAAAUGUUGUGCAGGCAUGGUUGACAUAGCCCGGCAGACAGUGGAGUUCCUGUAUGAAGAGAACGGGGGUAUCCCCAGGGACCUCUACCUCCCCACCAUCGAGGACAUCAAGGAUGAGGCCAACAAGUUCACCAUCGACAAAGUCCGCAAAGGUACCCUGCACUUGCACUCACCACCAUGCCAGAGGCCUCGGUUAUUGAACCGUUUGUUUUCAUCAUCUUUGACCCUCACUGUAAACACAUUAGUAAACACAGGAGCACUAUUUUAUUUUUAGCAUUUUUUGUAAUAUAGAUGUCUAAACAUUAUCAUUAUGAACACUGAUAGGCUGUAGUGUUACCUGGCUUUGCCCUUACGUAUACCGUAUGUUUCCUCUUCUCAGGUUUGACCGUGGUCAUCCGCUGUCCAGACAGCAACAACACCAACAGCACCACAGGCGGAACAGCCCUGCCCAAGUUCGCCAUCCGAGGCAUGUUGAAAACCUUCGGCCUGCACGGAGUGGUUCUGGACGUGGACUCUGUGAGUGUGGAACACUUAACUUCAGUUGUCAUAGAAACAAAGCGAUAAGAAGUUAAGCUUUGUCUCUUGAUAGUGUGUCAAUGGUUUCUCUCACUCAUGACUUACUGUGUGUGUCCAGGUGAAUGAGCUGGUUCAGGUAGAGACGUACCUGCGCAGUGAGGGGGUGCUGGUGAGGUACUGGUAUCCCAUUGAGAUGCUGGAGCGUCCCCCUGUUGGAUCCCGCCGUACUGCUGCCAAUGGCCUUGUCAAUCUAGACAGCAGUAACAUCCAGAUCCAUAGGUAACUGACACACACACACACACAGUGAAAUAACACACUGCUAUGAACUGUAAAUCAUCCCCUGUGGCCUGCUGUGUUUCAGAGAGCUACUGCGCUGUGAGAGUGCCCUGGCUAGGCUUUACUGCCGCAUGGCCCUACUCAACAUCUUUGCCCCCAAGAGCCCCCACACCUUCACCCGCCUCCUCCACAUCCCAGCCAUUAGAGACAUCACUCUGGAACACCUACAGCUGCUGUCCAAUCAGCUGCUGGCUCCGCCUCUGCCUGGUGAGUGGACCCUCUCUGGAUGAGAUGAUGAUCCACGGAAAGUAAUGGGUUAAAUAGAAUAAAGUUAGAAAAUGGAAUGGAAUGGACUGAAUUAACACAUGGAUAUUUAGGUGUACAAUUGACUGAAUGGAGUGAUUUGGAGUCUGCCUUUCCCCUAGCCUCUAACAAUCCGAGUGUGAACUGCACAAGCAUCCAUUAUCGUCUCUAACAUUUAGAUUCCAAAAUUCCAAACAGUCCCUUUACAAGUCAGAAUGUUGAAUAAACUUCAUUUGAACUUACUCUACCUAUUGUCCACCGAUUUUGUCCUGCUGCCGGUGGAAAUUUAUGACAAAAUAUCCACAGGAAAAUAUUAUUAAACCGACUUCAAAACGCAGGUCUCUGUGUGUGGCUAUCAUGAUUUGUUUGCUCAUCACCUAAGGCACGUGACAUUCUGGUUUGUAAGAAAUCUUUCAAAAUGUUUGCAGUGCUUUAUUUCGGACUGUGUUACCAGAGCUGGGAUCACAGACUGAUUUAUUAGGCAACCUUUCCUUGAUUUAUGUGCUGAGUGUUCUCUGUUUGUCCUGCAGAUGGCACCAUCAGCUCCAGCUCCAUCCUGCUGGCCCAGUCUCUACUCCACAACCUGCAGGGCCAGAGCUGCUCUCCCACAGACCUGUUUUACCAGGGCAAUGCACAGCCCAUCCGGGAGUGGCUCACCGUGGCCAUCACCCGUGCCCUGCACCAGGGGGAGGAGAGCCUGCUGGAGCUCACCAAGCAGAUCUGCUGCUUCCUACAGGUCGGCACAGGGUUAACUAAUGACCGGAAUCUGGCUGAAUGUAUAUUUCUCCAGGGACGGAGAUCUUUUUGUUUUAACAUGGUUAAUCUUUAUUUCCCUUGUUCCGUUAUGUAGAAUGCACCAGAGCAGUUCACCUCAGAGGACUUCCCGGUAUCAGAGUCAAAGGUCAGCAUGGAUGUCAACUUCCCGGGUGCUGCCUUCGUGAUCGUCUCCUGCAAAGAGAGCCAACUAGGCUACCGCAAAGAGUGAGGAAUUCAACACUAUUACCUUUAUCUAAGUUAAAACCAUGACCCUUGACGACCCUAGAUGUCUUACAGUGCCCCCAUUUUCUGCCUCUCUCUCUUUCCCUCUCCUCUCCGCUAGCUCCUCCCUGUACAAAGCCCCAUGGGCACGGGUUAUGGUUUAUGGCCUUGGUCACAAGGUGCGCAGGAAUGGCCAGCUCAACCUGAUGGAGGCGGUGUGCUACCCUCUGGACGCCUCACCCUCCAACACAGGCCUCACCCCCCCUCCCACCACCAAUCAGUACCCCACUGUCAUCAUCCCGAACGACAAAGUCCACAUCAAACUGGGUGAGUGCUUGAUCAACCUAGUCCAUACAUACAGUAAUAGCUUUUUUCAGCAUAUAUAUGUUAAUUAUAUUUCUCUCUGUUUCACAUGAUUAACAUGUAUUUAUAAUAGCUUGGUUUGUUUCACUGUCUCUCUCUCAGGGGUGUCGCCCCCUCCUGGUGCGGUCCUGGUGCUGCACUCCCUGCCACUGGAGUUCCCCCUGGCCAUGGCGUUUGCUGAGCAGCUGCUGACGUGGAAGCUAGGGGAGAAUAGUGAGCACUCUGAGGAGGAGCUGGACACUGUGCCCUCGUCUGUGCUGCUACAGGUGGUGGAGCUGCUGGGUAUGUGCUACACUUUCAUCAAAUCUGUUUUCUUUGAAAUGUCUGCAUCCAUGGCGAUCCAUGAGGUGUCCAACAUGUCUGAACCUUUUCCAUAACCUUCGGUCACUCGCUGUAUGUGACUAAUAUUGCAUCCUGUUUUGUGCUGACAACAAGUUGGUCACUAUUUUCUGAGUGUUUCUGUUCCCUCUCUCUUCCUGUCUGUGGUGUUCUAGGUGGGCUGUUAUGGACCACAGAUCUGGCCCCCUGCAUCAAGGAACUCUCCUUCCACCUGCUGGCUGAGCUCUUCCGUAAGAUCCACCACCUGGAGCAGCGGAAAAGCCCUGCAGGCCUGUCCAGCUCCAUCGCCCUGCUGCUCAACCCCUGCCUGGCCGUGCUCAUGGCCCUGCAGACGGAGCUCCGCAAGCUGUAUGACCGGGAGACCCAGAACUGGGUGGCUGCAGGGGCCGGAGCAGGGGGCUCCUCUGGCGGCAGUGCCCUGGCCAUGGGGGCUGAGCAGAGCAGAUUCUCCACCUACUUCCAUGCCCUGAUGGAGGUGUGCCUGGCUGUAGCUGAGGUCACCAUCCCCCUCAACAUGGGGUGCUCAGGAGUGGGAGCCCUGUCCUCCACCAGUGCCCCUAACCUCAGCGACUCCUCCUCAUCCUCCUCCUCCUCCCCAGGCCAGACCCCCCAGAGCCCCAGCCUGCUCUCCAAGCGUAAGAAGGUGAAGAUGAAGAGGGAGCGUGCGGCAGCAGCAGUGGCGGCGGUGGCCUCAGGGAAGAGGGGUUCUGCUGGAGGGGCUCGUCUGUCAGAGAGCGACAGCGCUCUGCUCAACAUGGCCGGUAGUAAACCUGAGGACAUGCUGUGGUUCCACCGUGGCCUCACCCUGCUCAUGAUCCUGCGUCACCUGGCCAACAAGGAUUCCCAGGGGCUGAGUGUGACAAGUGAUGCUGUGAUGGACGCCUGCCAGGCCCUGGUGGGACCUACCGCUCACAGCCGCCUGCUGGUGCUCUCUGGCAUCCCCACCCACCUGGAGGAGGCUGUGGUGCGCAGCGCCAUCCGCAGGGCUUGCAACGCCCACGGAGGGCUCUUCAAGGAUGAGAUCUUCAUCCCCCUGCAGGAGGAGGAACCUAAGAAGCCCAAGGCAGGAGCCGGAGUGUCCACCCCCAUGGAUGGCAAAGCAGCCCCCGAGACUGGGCUCCCCUUCCCCAGCAAUUGGGGCAAUGAGAGCCCAGACAGCUCCAGCAGCGUGACUCCAGCCAUGAGUGUCUCGGCCUCGGCCUCCACCAGCCAGACCUCCAUCUGCAGCUCCUCUCAGGGGGGCGUGUCCCGCACUGCCAGUGAAUCUGUGGACCAGGAGCUGCUGGCUGCCCCACCUCUCACCCCCGUGGCUGCAGCCUCGACCUUCCCCUCCCCACAGCAAGGGCCCCUGGAUCCCCACACGGUGUCUAGCCAGGAGAGCCUGGAUAUCUCCCUGUGCAGCACGGGGAGCCUGGGCAGCCUGGGGGAGCCCCCGGACAGCGCAGAAACAGCUUCUGUGUCAGACGGGGGCUCCAUAUACACCGUCACCUCUCUGGACAGCAACGCUAUCUUGGCCCGGCCCAUCAAGGGCUAUGCUGUCAUAGAGGUGAGUCGCAAGUGCAUUUUACAAUGAAAACUUGAAAUUCUGCUAUUGUUUGUUUAUUUAUUUAUUUGCUUUGAUUGAGAUAGACUUACAUGUCCUUCAUCUGUUUUGCACAUCCUGAAUGUAGGUUCGCGCCCGAGCCAAAGUGGAGAAGAUCCGCGCUAGCCUCUUCAACAGCAGCGACUUGAUUGGCUUAUCCAGCCUGGAGGGUGAGGAGGAGCUGAUGGAGCUGACCAAUGAGGAGAUCCUCACAGCCUCCAGUGUCAACCAAAGCCUGUUCGACACACAGGGUAGCUCCGCCCUUGAGGACUACUUCCUGAACAAGUCUCUCAGAGGUAAGUAGUUUACUCCAACUAUGGCUCAAUCAUCUGUACUCUACCAAUACAGUAAAAGUCCUACAUAAUGGAGGGGUCUUAAUCUUUUCUCCUCCUAUGUUCCCAGGGGACAAGUUGGUUCCAAGUGCGCGAGACGUGCUGAUGGACAUCUUCAAGAGUUGUGUCCACUCAGAGCAGAUGCUGAGCCUCACACCAGCCAAGCCUGUCAAAGUGUCGGACAUCUACCUGAGCAAGGAGCAGAUCACCUCCCAGACCACUGGAAACCUCCUCCACGUCUUCUUCACUAAUGUACGGCCGCCCAAGAAGGUGCUGGAGGACCAACUGACGCAGGUUGAUACACUACCCCCCCCCCCCCCCCCCCCAUGAGAGUGCUUGAACACACAACUUGAAAAAUAGAUAUAUGCUUAAUUGACCCUGCCUCGUCCACAUGAUUUUACACACACAUACUCAUCUAUUUGCAUCUGCAACCAAGUUUGUCUGAGCAUUGUUAUAUGUUUCACAGAUUCUGCGUAAAUAUGGCACCCCCAAGCCCAACAAGAACAAAUACAGUAAGGCAGGUAAGGAACAGCACGCAGGCAAGGUGGUGAGCACCAAGAGACCCAUCACCAAACCACCCCCCAAGGAGAAGUCUGUGCUGAACAGGUCAGUUUUGUCCCUCACCACACACACAAUGCCACCCUGAACACCAUUUUCCUAAAUAGUUUCCACCCACACCUGUAAUUACGGAAAGUAGUGGGUUUCAAAAUUACAAUCCCCCCUAAGAUCCUUCUCUUAGUGCUUCCCACGCUCAAAUGUGUUACUAAAAUAGCAAGUCUUUGAAAUUAAUUUCUCAUGUUUAGAAACACAAAAAUAGCAAUAGAAACUGUACCCUAUGGAUUAUUUAUCCACUUACAGAAGGAAAAUGGAGAGUAAUGUUGCUUGUUAUGCUUAAUCGUAAAAUCUAGACUCGUUCAGUAUGCUGUCAUGUCAUCUAUGAUAUUCGUCAGUACUCAUUUGGACCGACAUUUUCCAUUGACACCUGUCCCUGACCUUUUUCCAUGUCUCUAUCAGAACUGCACUGAGUGAGAAGAAGACUGUACUGAAGCCCAAGUCCCCUGAGAAAUCCAGGCCUGAUGAGAAAGACACAGAGAAAUCUCCUGCCAAGAAGCCUGAAGGUACUGACCACUCUGUACCCUCUCAUGUUACCCGUCUGUCUAGCCAACAUCUCUCUGGAGCUGAGUAAGAGUUCCCCCCAGUUAGAAUGUAGAUGACUAGAUGGAAGCUGAGAGCAUAAAGUCCAUGCAUCUGUCUGUCUGUGCAUGUGCAUAUAUUUAUAUACACUACCGUUCAAAAGUUUGGGGUCACUUAGAAAUGUCCUUGUUUUCGAAAGAAAAGCAAUUUUUCUGUGCAUUAAAAUAACAUCAAAUAACAUCCUCACAUGGAAUAGCCUUCAUUUCUCAGAACAAGAAUAGACUGACGAGUUUCAGAAGAAAGUUAUUUGUUUCUGGCCAUUUUGAGCCUGUAAUCGAACCCACAAUUGCUGAUGCUCCAGAUACUCAACUAGUCUCAAAAAGACCAGUUUUAUUGCUUCUUUAAUCAGCACUACCGUUUUCAGCUGUGCUAACAUAAUUGCAAAAGGGUUUUCUAAUGAUCAAUUAGCCUUUUAAAAUGAUAAACUUGGAUUAGCAAACACAACGUGCCAUUGGAACACAGGACUGAUGGUUGCUGAUAAUGGGCCUCUGUAUGCCUAUGUAGAUAUUCCAUUAAAAAUCAGCCGUUUCCAGCUACAAUAGCCAUUUACAACAUUAAUCUACACUGUAUUUCUGAUCAAUUUGAUGUUAUUUUAAUGGACCAAAAAAUUGCUUUUCAUUCGAAAACAAGGACAUUUCUAAGUGACCCCAAACUUUUGAACGGUAGUGUAUGUCUUAUCUCCUCCCUCACCCGUCUCUCAUGUAGUCCCAGAGGAGAAGUACUUGACUCUGGAGGGCUUCCAUAAAUUUGCUGUGGACCGGGCCAAGCAGGACAUCCGUAGCGUGUGGAGGGCCAUUCUGGCCUGCGGUUACGACCUUCACUUUGAAAGGUGAGCCUGGCGACCCGCCCCCCUCCAGCCCCUGCAGUCAGCCUUUGGUUGGUAGGUCACAUUCCUAGCAGAGUGUGGAAUGGAACACACAUGACUGGAGCAGGUUGUAAACAUUUAGAGCAUGGAACACACUGUGAUUGUUACGUCAACACACAUGAUGUACUAGAAAUGUCAUGCUUAAUCAUCUGAAUCACACACUAUACUGCACUGUACAGUACAUGUAAUCUCUGUAAUUCGAGAAAGCCAGUUGGUGCCAGAUUAAGUCAUAUUAUAUACAGAUGUAGGAUCUUGAUUUGAGCCAGUUUGCAACAGGAAAUGUGGAUUAUAAUUAAUUUACAUUUUUGUAAGGGCUGAUACAUUUUUUCGUAAGGGAAAAUCAAGUCUGACAUUUUUAAAGUGGAAAUGACAAACUUUAGAAGCCUUUUAAACAUCAAAUACACUACAUGUUUGCAUUUCCUGAGGUGCAGGAACAUUCUCAGCAACAAUGGUGAUCAAAUGAAGAUCCUACAUCUGUAUGAAGAGGAUCUGUUCAUAUGUAGUGGUUAACCAUUCUGUUGUCCCCCCUUUCCUCUGCUUUGCAGAUGUACCUGUAUAGACACGCGGCACGCCCAGAAGGCCUGUAGGAGAUGGAGUCUGGAGAUGGAUGUAGCGUUGGUGCAGUACAUCAACAGGCUGUGUGGUCAUCUGGCCAUCACACCUGCCAGGCUGCACCCCCAUGAGGCCUACCUGGAGCCUAACGACAUCGCUGACCCGCGCGUGGCCUGUCUUCUCAGUAUGUGACCUACUCACUGACAUACCGCAUCAUCAGUUUACAUACACAAUCUAUUUUUACACGUGUUUGUGUGGUAUUGGACGUCAGUAAUCUUGAGUGUAAGCGCAUGUUAGUGAGUGAGUGGGUGGGUAUGUGUAUUUGCGUAUGUGUGUUGCUGUGUUCACAUUUCCCCUGUGUGUGUGUAGAUGUGCCUGUGGAGAGCCUGCGUCUGCGCUUUGCUCUACUGCAGUCUCUCAACAACACCCUGGAGAGUUUCUUCCUGCCACUGGUGGAGUUGAGACAAACACACACCUACCAGAACAGCAUCGCAGCGCUGCUCUGUGGGGCCAAAGGUGACACACACACAAAAAUAACAUCUCAGCACAGCUCUAUCAGGUCAAAGGCACACAGCAACAAUGUGCUGUAUGGGUCAUUAAGGAGUGGUGUUGUAUCAGGGAAUUGACCGGUUGUUAAAUCUUUUAAUACAUUUUACUGCCUCUUAGGCUGUAGUUGGGGCAUAUGAACUGGAUUAAAGCAGAGUCUUGCUGACCUUCUACCAAUUUUACAUCCACCCUUUCUCUAUGCAGGCCUGGUGUUCUAUGAUAACAAAGUGAUAGUGAUGAACCAGGUGUUGAACGCCACAGUACAGCGGACUGCAGACCACGCUGCCCCCGAGAUCACACUGGACCCCCUGGAGAUUGUAGGAGGUGAGCUCACAGGACACGCCCAAAGCCCUGUUUUAUGUUCAUUCACAUUAUGCCUUUUACUUUGAGUGUUGAUGGUGUGUUCCUCCAGGAGAGAUCCGUUCCUCAGAGAACACCUACUUCUGCCAGGCGGCACGCCAGCUGGCCUGUGUGCCCUCGUCCCAGCUGUGUGUGAAGCUGGCCAGCGGAGGAGACCCCACCUAUGCCUUCAACAUCCGCUUCACUGGAGAGGAGGUCCAUGGCACCAGUUAGUAUCAGCCUUCUUCUCCCACAUUUGUCCUCUAGGAAUAAACUCUGAUGUUUGAUCAGACUGAAUCUUAGUUGUCCCCUGACCUCUGUGACUCCCCCAGGCGGCUCCUUCCGUCACUUCCUGUGGCAGGUGUGUAAGGAACUCCAGAGCUCCGCCCUCUCCCUGCUGCUACCCUGCCCCAGUGCAGCAGCCAACCGCAACAAGGUACAGUGACCCUCCCAUCUGCCUUCACAGUAUGCCCUGGUCGCAGCACCAUUUUAACACCAGGAACGAAAAUUAUGAUGCCUCAAUAGUUUGUGUACAUAUGUAUUAAUCCUGCUCCACACGGUAUAUACUAGGAGUAUAAACCGUGUCUAGAUUGCAAACCAGUUGGGCACUGCAUGGGCAGUGAUCACUGCAUUACUGAUAGGCUAGAAGAGUUUCUAACUUGAUUGUGGUGCUUAUGUGCUGUUUUGUUCCAAAGGGGAAGUAUAUUCUGACGCCCUGUCCGAUCAGCUAUGCGGAGGAGCAGCUGCUGCACUUCUUUGGCCAGCUGUUGGGCAUCGCCAUCCGGGCAGACGUGCCCCUGCCCCUGGACCUGCUGGGCUCUUUCUGGAAGGGCCUGGUGGGCGAGCCUCUGGACCCAGAGCAGGACCUGCAGGAGGCCGACCUGCUCACAUACAACUACGUCAAGAAGUUUGAGAGUGUAAGAGACAGUCAUUUAGACAUUCAUAUGGAUCCAGUUUCAGGAGAAGUUGGGGAUAUUGAAAGUAAAAGGACUGUAAGUUGAGCUUCUGCUAAAUUACUGUAAUGUAAUGACUCCUCUUUCUGGAAAAAGGAAGGGAGAUUUUGAAAACUCCGAAAACUGGUGAUAAGGUUUGCAGGUUUUCCAUGGUUCUGCAAAUAGCUAGCUGGUUGACCUUUCUACUGUGAACGCCAGUACAGUCACAACUGACUUCUGCUUUCUACAGUUCAAACCCAGACUGUAGUUUUGCCAUACCACUUCCCACCCUUGUUCCCAAGCCCAGUGUUCCAUUGACCUCUACCUGACCUUUGGCCUCUGCACCCCAGGUGAGCGACGAGGACGAUCUGGAGGCCCUGUGUGCAGAGAUCUCAUCCCAGCACCACUCAGGAGAGAGCCCUGACUCCCCCAGCCGGCCCUGCUGCACCUUCACCUACAUCACUAUGACCGGAGAGGAGGUAGACCUGUGCCAGGGGGGACACAACCUCGGUGUCAGGUACAGGGACAUUCUGCCUCUAUGGCCCGGGGACGUGUUUAGUUCAUAUGGGUCUCUGUUGAUGUUCUCUAUACGAUUCCCUUUAGCCGUCAGUUUUUCUCCAAAUAAUUCUGUACUUUCAGUACAGUACUUUCUGACUUUCACAGAAUGUGUUAUCUCUGUUUAAUCCCUCGACACUGUCUGUCCUGUAUGUGUGUGUGUCUGUGUAGCUGGCAGAAUAAGGAUGUGUAUGCGCAAGCAGUCCGGGGUCUGCGUCUGCGGGAGCUGCAGAAUGUGGAGUGUAUGACAGCGGUGAGAGCGGGCCUGGGCUCCAUCAUUCCUUUACAGCUCCUCACCAUGCUCAGCCCCCUGGAGGUGGAGCUACGAACCUGUGGCCUGCCGUACAUCAACCUGGAGUUCCUCAAGGUAGCUAUCCUAACGUAGCAAGCGUAAAAAUGCCUUAGCGGAGUCCCCACAUCCGUUUUUCAGGGGAAACGGAAGUUAAGUUGAAAAUACUAUAUCCCUGAAAACCGGAAACAUCCGCUUUCUUCCGACCCUGCAGAGAGUGCAAGGUAGCUAACGCAUAUACGCCACCCACCCUGCCACCUCACACCUACUGUACACAUCCCCUUCUGAAACCCUAGGACACUCACACCUUCAAUCAUCACUCCACCAUCCUCAUCCACCACUAAGAAGUAAGAGUUACGGUAUAGAGUAAUGAGAAGAUUAUAUUUUUGGUGGGCAGUAAUAGUGAAUGUCUUUGCCUAGAAGAGUCCCAUAAUUGUCCCUGUUUUGCAUGAACCCCUGUUACCUCUCCCUCGGUAGGCCCACACCAUGUAUCAGGUGGGUCUGAUGGAGACAGACCAGCACAUUGAGUUCUUCUGGACGGCCCUGGAGGUGUUCACUCAGGAGGAGCUCUGCAAGUUCAUCAAGUUUGCCUGCAACCAGGAGCGCAUCCCGUUCACCUGCCCCUGCAAGGACGGGGGCCCGGACACUGCCCACGUACCCCCCUACCCCAUGAAGAUCGCCCCUCCGGACGGGGCAGCAGGUAAGUGCCAGGAAAAGUUCUAGUGGUUUGUGUCAUAGAAGGAGAGUGUAGUGGGACAUCAGACACAGGAGUCAAAGCCACGCGGGUUGCUAUCUGCUUGAUGUCCUCUUUGUGCUGUUGGUGCACAAACUCUUGGAAGGAUUGUGUUUAUCAUCCUUAUUAGCGCACACUGUCUUAAAAACUUGGGCAGACUUUGAAAAAUGUAUUUGCUAUUUUUACCCUUCCUGGAUUUAUUAUGUCUGUAAAUUAGUAGGGGAUGUUCUAUGGGGAGAAGAUGCAGCGCUGUUAUCUUAAAACAAAUGACCUCAGACCGUAUGUGUAUUAGGUUUACUGUAUAGCCUUGAUGUAAGGGAACUGUUUAUCGGCUUGUUGUUUAUCAAGCUCCAAAGAAGAGUUAGAGCAGACCAAAGUGUCAGAACUGCUCAAAGGACUUUUUACCCCACGUUUUGGAUUUUUGACCAAUAAAAAAACGUAACUAAUGUCAGACUCUAACCACAGCAGUAUGAACAGUAAAUCUAGAUUGAGUACAGUAGCUUCCAUAGAUUAGAGAUUAGUGUCCCUAAACAAGACAGCCUGCUUCUGUUCCAGGCAAUAACAAUCAGACAAUGAGCCAUUAUUGACAUGGAGAACAUGGAAUUGAUGGAAAAUAACUUUCUAGACUGCACAUAAUACUCUCAGCAGAACAGAAUUUGAACAUGGUAGAAGUGCAGUGACUCUUUCUGCAGAUGUUUAAUGUUUGAAAGUUUUAUAUUAUACAUGUAACAUUUCCACAUGCAAUUAGUGCCAAAUGCCAAUGACAUACUAGUAGUAGCAAAGGGAUAGAAACACCAGUAAAACAUACCCACGUUUUUACCGUGACUAGCUGAUCCAGCUGUUGUGUGGACAACUUCACGAGUUCACAAAAGCAAAAACAUAAGCCAUACUAAACUUCUUCACAUCCUUGCAAUGGAUGUUUUUUAAAUGAUGAUAAGGUAAGAAGCCAGUGUCCUUAAAAAAAACUCAAAUGUAAAUAUUACAUGUUGCUCAUUUAAUGUUUUAAGAUGCUUUUUCUUCAUACAGUAUGUUUACCUAUUUGUGUGUUUGCCAGGUUCGCCAGACUCCCGCUACAUCCGGGUGGAGACCUGUAUGUUUAUGGUGAAGCUUCCCCAGUACAGCUCCCUGGAUGUGAUGCUGGAGAAGCUGCGCUACGCCAUCCACUACCGUGAGGACCCUCUCAGCGGCUAA